AUGGCUUAUGUGGUGUUCAUAUACUAUCUGGGAAAGGGGGGCAACCUCCAGGGGGUUUGGGGCACCGAGAGCCCGUGGGCCCCCACGCCUUGCGGGGGCUGCUUGGGUGUGUGGUAUGUCAGUGUCAAAGAUCCCUCCCAAUGUGUUCUCCAACUCAUAAAACAUUUUAGAAAAAAAUCAUUUUGACCCCUACCUUUUUGUUAAACAAAAUGUAUUUCUCUGAGCAAUUGUAUUAGAUAAAAAUAAUAUUGUACUCAUGUUUAUCAAGGUUGUCAAUAAUUUCCGACACAACUGUAGUAGUUCAAGUUGUAUGCAUAUGGAUUACAGUAAGAGGGAGGCUGAUUCAUACAAACUCUAUUUGAAUUUGAUAACUCUUUCUUGUCCAUUACUGAACAAAAUCCCCAAAGAUUUGCAUCGCCUCUUACCGACCGAUUACAGUAGUUUUAUAAAUGUAGAUGGCAAGAUAUGCCACAACAUUCUGGUUUUAAUUAUCUUUUUGAGCAAAGUAUAGAAUGAUGUUGAUAGAAACCAAUGAUGGUUGAAGAUGAGGCUAUUGACGAAUGUAAAAUGUAAGUGUUAGGGAUAUAACACUUUAUUCUCAUUACUUCAGUAUGUCAAACUGUAGCAUACAAGAGCUUGUUACAAUGAUCUCGAAUCACCACUAGCCGCAAAUAAAUCCCCCCCUUCUCUAAACCUCUCUUGCUCCCUCUCUCCCCACUUUUCAUCCAUUUCUCUCUCCUUCGUUCUCUGUUCCAUCUAUGUUAAUCUACUGCUUUGUUUUGAUGAAUCUCUCUUUUAUUACAAAUCCCGGCCACCUCUUCCCCUCCGCUCUGUAUAGCGUUACGCGAGGAGCUGUAUGUCUACAUUGAGUAGAUUUCCAUCAAACACUAGCCAGCCUGUAAUGAAUCUGAAUUGACACAUGUUGAAUGAAUUAAUACAGGUAACAAAGCAAGAGGGAAAUGUUUUCCUCUUGCUCAGCCUCUCAGAGGAUAUGCAAUUUACUGAGGUAGCUCGUGUGAAAUUGUAACAUUUUAGUUUCUUUUCCCUAUGGUACUUACAGUUCUUCUACCAACUGACAAGUCUGAACAUUCAGAGGCUGCGUUUACACAGGCAGCCCAAUUCCGUAGAAAAAUAAUGUAAUAAUUGGUCUUUUGACCAUUACGAACAGGUUGGAAAAAGAUCUGAUGUGAAAAGAUCUGAUGUGAUUGGUCAAAAGACCAAUUAGUGGAUAAAAAGAUCAGAGUUAUGCUGUCUGUGUAAACUCAACCAUACUGGCACACAUGGCGAUAUAAGCCUAUAGAAUGAAGUAAUGGACAUGCUAUGCAUACUAAGUAGUGAGUAAGUAUGUUUACUGAGACGUGGUAGUUUUCAAUUAAACCUGGCUGCCUGGCACAUCAAACUGAAAACAUUCCCUCUAUUUAUCUGUUGCACAGCUUUGUGAGGGCAUGGCAAAGCUGGUGGCAUAAGUUGCUGGCGGCAGAAGCUAGUGGCAUAUGGAGUGACUCGGUCGCUAUAGGGACAACCCAGUGUUCCCUGUGUUUCUGCAGCAAUGGAGGUAAUUAAGAGGAAGUGUGUCCUAAGCGACUCCAGAGGAGUCAUUCCCAGCUCCGCUAAUUAACUCUCAAUGUUAAACUUUAAUGUAGAACAGCUUUCAUAAAGCAUGCAGCAAUGAAAACAACAAUGAUGCUGCUACCUCACCGGGAGCCCACUGCUAGCUAUGGGCUCCCUGCUUUUGCGAAAACUGUCUCAAUCCCACUUCCUCUUACAUCAACCAAUUCCAAGAACUGUGUCCUCUGUCAAAUCAUGCAACUAGAAGGAUUGAGAGAGAUAAAGAGAGAGAGCGUUCUCUGUCACAUACUGUAGGGAAAGGAAAAGGAAAGGGGGAUAUCUAGUCAGUUGUACAACUGAAUGCAUUCUCCCGAGUGGCGCAGUGGUCUAAGGCACUGCAUCGCAGUGCUAGCUGUGCCACUAGAGAUCCUGGUUCAAAUCCAGGCUCUGUCGUAGCCGGCCGUGACUGGGAGACCCAUGGGGCGGCGCACAAUUGGCCCAGCGUCGUCCAGGGUAGGGGAGGGAAUGGCUCAGUUGGUAGAGUAUAGCGUUUGCUAUGGCAGGGUUGUGGGUUAGAUUCCCAUGGGGGGCCUGUAUGUAAAAAAUAAUGUAUGCACUCACUAACUGUAAGUCACUCUGGAUAAGAGCGUCUGCUAAAUGACUAAAAUGUAAAAAUGUAAAAACUGAAAUGGGUCUUCCGCAUUUAACCCAACCCCUCUGAAUCAGAGAGGUGCGGGGGGCUGCCUUAAUCGACGUCCACGUCUUUGGCGCCCGGGGAACAGUGGAUUAACCUCCUUGCUCACUGUAGAGUAUAACUCCAUAGAGCAAAAUAUCCUCUCAUAGCUCGGGGGCCAUUUUGUUUAAUUUUAGCAGCACUCUGAUUAACUCAUAUUUGACUUAGCAUGGCUCUACUUUCUAUAGGAUCAGUGGAUGGUGAAGGCCCUAGGGGUGUUAGACUGUCAUUUGGCUCACUGCUGACAGUGAAAGACUGGCAGAGAGCCUACAGCUGCAGGGGGAGAAGGGAUGCUGAUAUUGCGUGGUGUAGGUUAACCUAACAUUUGAUCCUAAUUUUAUAGGGGGGGUAUUAAUGCUUGAAUUUGCAAUUGCAAAACUGUGGUCAGCAUUUUAAUGCACCCCAAAUAGUCUCUAGGAGCAUCCAAAUGACUAGAUCAGUUAGUGUUCCCUUAAUUGAAUGUGUCUCUGCAUGUUCUAUCAGGCUUAGAGCCUACUUACUAUGUGCAUCCCUUGCAGUUAGCUAUCUUUAUUCUUUGGUCAAACCUCUGUUAAAUGUACCUUAAUUUGGCUCCUGAGUGGUGCAGCGUUCUAAGGCACUGCGUCUCAGUGCUAGAUGCGUCACUACAGACCCUGGUUCGGUUCCAGGGUCCCGUAGGGUGGCACACUAUUGGCCGAGCGUCAUCUGGGGUGGCCGGGGUAGGCAGUCAUUGUAAAUAAGAAUUUGUUCUUAACUGACUUGGUUAAAUAAUGGUUAAAAAAUGUAAUACAAAUUGAAUGUGUCUCUGUGUAAGGUAUUUUCUUGUUAUAGAUUGUACUGUAUAUUUUUUUUUACCUGGCUUAGAAUCUGUUUGAUACGCACAUCCCUUGUAGCUAGCUAGCUCUCUGUGUUCUUUAGCUCGUAGAAUUGAGAACGUGCUCUCGGAACCAGUCAAGGUUGUGUAACAGUAUGUUCAAUCCUUAGAACCUUGUGUUACAUGUGUAACCUUGGUCAAGUUGGACAGCAAAUUAAGUACUUUUCUCAAACUUGACCAAUUUGUAUGGCUUUCUGUACUCUCUAUAUUCACAUUUUAUAUUGCAGUUACCCUCCUACCAAUAUAUAAAAUAUAUCCACCCCCUCCUCUCCUUCCCAUCUACCUUUCUCCCCCUCUCUCAUUCUGUCUUUACUGACACUGUACUCUCACUCGUUCCCCGCUGGUGUGAUGUUUCAUGUGCUCAUCUGCAGCUCAGCGCAGUCAGGCCACAGAGGUCAGCCCUCACCUUCACACUGUAGUAGCAGUGCCCUCUCCUCCGCCUAUCCAUCCCUCCCUCCCUUCUUCCCUCCCUUCCUCCAUGUUUGUGAUCGAGUGCUAUGACAAGGAUUGGAGUAGAGAAACACACCUACCACAAGAGUGAACCUGGAAUGAACAGCUGAAGCAACAUGGGAAAAAAGCACAGUGCAUGCCUUUGAUACAUUUAUUCAUGAACUCUGUAUAUACAGUACAGCGUACAGUGCAGACAUCUUUACAUAUACACAGCUGGUACCAAUAGUUGAACAACCGUUUGUCGGAAUGUGCAAUGCAUUAACAAAACAAUUCAGUGUCCAGGUGGUUUUCCUUAUCCAUUUGUAUCAGACAAUGGACCACAGUUUACAUGCAUGAAAUUCAAGAAGACACAGGGACAUCAAAACCACAAUUAGUGGAGUCAAUGUAAACAAUAUAGCUAGUUGCCACCAUUUACCGUCCACUACCCAUUCCAAAUCAAUUUGGCUCACUCUGUCAUUUCUGUUUGUGCCGCAUGCGAUGAUGGUAGCCUACAGUGGCAUGCUAGCUGUCGGAAGAAAGCACAGCGGAGGGGUGUGUACCUGUGUUGAACCCAUCCCGCUGUUCGGAGGCAGAAAUGUGUCAUGUGUCUGGGGCUAUAUGAAAGGAUUACCAUGUCAUUAUAGCGUUUGAGUCAGCAAGACGGCUCCAUAAUGCUGGCAAAGCAAAACAAAACAGUCUUAUCCCCCAGGAAUAUAAUGCUAAUAUCCUAUAUUUAUGGAAGGUAUUAAGUCCCAUUACCCAACAGACUAACAGUUGAUCCGGAUCUUUCCUUUGUAACAUUAAGUAUUUGUGGGGGCUGUCUUCCUCCACAUCAGAGUAGCGUAUGGCAACUUAAACUGUCUUUUACUUGAAAGAUGGAGCGGAGCUAAUGUUGACUCAAGCAUUCGUUGAAAUUGUAAUUUCACCUUUUAAACAUCUUCAAACUGGACCAAAAACACUUUCAAAGCAGCAGAAAUAAUGUGAGGUAGAAUUUUAUUAGGACCAUAUUGUUUAACACGGUAAAAAGCUAUCAGAUAAAAUGGAUAUUUGCCAUUUUAUUUGUAGGAAAAUAACAAUUGUUUCUAAUCCCCUCUUGGGCAAUCUGCAGUUCAAACAAUAACAAAGCAGACACCCCACCACUGUUUUGGUAAACAGCUGAGGGAUGGGGCUGGAGAAAUGUAACCACUCUCAAAUUCAUAGACAGAGCUGUGGGUGCAAGUACUCACCACCGAUGAGAUCAACAUCAUAGUUUUUACCAUGUUCUGUAAAACAAGCAUAUAUUUUGGGUUCUGAUGGGUACAACAGUUGAACUAAGCUCAUGAGGAGUUUAGAAGUUAUAUUCUUUAAGAAUAAAUUAGCACAAAUGUGUAAAAACCUGUUUUUGCUUUGUCAUUAUGGUGUAUUGUGUAUAGAUUGAUGACGGAAAAAAACAAUUUAAUCAAUUUUAGAAUAAGGCUCUAACCUAACAAAAUGUGGAAAAAGUCAAGGGGUCUGAAUACUUUCCGAAGGCACUGUAUAAUUAAUUUAAAACUAAAAAAAAAGUAUGUAGCAAUCUCAGAUUGCCUCUUUAAGCUAAUGCACCCAGAGGUGCAGUGUUUUGUAACAGCAGACUCGCUACAUGACACCACUUACAGCCUACCGGAAGCUCCUAAUUAAUUAGGAUCAUUAUUUUGUUUAUUUCUACCAGGCUCCAUUUCCCAUUUGCUCCUACAGUCUGUACUGUGUCUAUUCCUACUACAUUUUCUGUCACUCAGUACAGCUCUCUCUCUCUCUCUCUCUCUCUCUCUCUCUCGCUCUCUCUCUCUCUCUCUCUCUUCCUAUAAUAUCAACUCAAUUCUUCUUUUUUAUCUAUUACUGCUCAUCUCACACUAUCUUGCGCUCCUCAGUCUCUUGCCUUGUCAGCCUGUCCUACUCAACUCUUUCAAUUUAAAUUACAUUUGUCAUUGGCAGGAAAGAUAAACAUUUAGCAGGGGUAACAAAUCAGACAGUUGACAAAAUAACUCACUGUCCAGAGUACAGAUGAAGUUAUGGGAUGUGAUGGAACUAUAUUCGAUUUGUUUUACCCCUUGGCUACUUCCUGUGUUCAGUUAUAUUGGCCCUCCCUAAAUCUCACUACUGUAGUUUAAUCUACUUUGAAGAUUUUGACUCAUUUUGUCAUGCCUCCUCAGCCAAUUACAUUAUUUUCUAUACCUAAAGCUCUCUCUCUCUUUUUCUUUCCCUUUUUUCUCUCUCUCUCUCUCUCUCUCUCUCUCUCUCUCUCUCUCUCUCUCUCUCUCUCUCUCUCUCUCUCUCUCUCUCUCUCUCUCUCUCUUUCUGUCUCUCUCAUUGCUUCCCCUAUUUCUUAAUCGCUUUGUGCUCUAGAAGUUUUCCUUGAGUGACUAAUUCUGGUACCCAUGUGAGUUUCUAUGUGAGUGUGAACUAUGUGAAUGUGUGCUGCCUCCUUACCUCUGAAAUACAUGAAGUCCUAGGGAGAAGCUCAAUUGCAUACUCCUUGCGUCCACUCUCCUCGCCUCCUUCUUAAAACCUAUUGGAGAAGGUCAGAGGGGAGGGACCUCUGGCGUUCUCAUCCAAUGGGUUUUAAGAAGGAGGCGAGGAGCGAGGACGCGAGUUCGUAUGCAAUUGAGAUUCUCCUCUAGUCAGGUGGGUAUUAUGUAAUUUAGCUGUUUAUUAUGUCAUGUAUAUUAUGUGUGUUGUAAUGAGUCCUCCCGUCCAGCAGGUGGUGGACCAGGCAGCCAGAAGACCAUUCUCCAUGAGGAGCAGUGGAAGAUGCCGGCUCUGCCAGCGCUGCUGCUGUCGAUUUACUUCCUCUUCCUUUUGCUGACCAUGGCCCCGCUCUCUUUCACCCAGGCUCCCGCGCUCUCCUCCGUCAGAAUGGGUGGGUUUCCACUAGUUACCACUAGUGUAAAAAUUAUAGAAAACUAAAAUUAGCUAUUUGGUCUCAAUUUAAGGUUAGGGUUAGGGAUAUGGUUAGCAGUGUGGUUAGGGUUAGGUUUAAAAUCACAUUUCAAGAAGAUCAAUUGUUAAAAAUAAGCACGGUUUAUGACUUUGUGGCUGUGGUAACUAGUGAUGACAGAAUGGGUAAUAUGGGGAUCCCACUGUCAUGACCGACAAGAACAAAUACUCCUCAGUGUCUUUACCCACUUUUAAAAAAAUCAUAUGUCUUGCCGGUUUGAUGAAUAGGAUUGUAGUUCACCAUAUGUACAAUGAGAGUACAGUCGUGGUCAAAAGUUUUGAGAAUAAUAAUAAAAUAAAUAAUAAUAUGCCAUUUAGCAGACGCUUUUAUCCAAAGCGACUUACAGUCAUGCGUGCAUACAUUUUUGUGUAUGGGUGGUCCCGGGGAUCGAACCCACUACCUUGGCGUUACAAGCGCCGUGCUCUACCAGUUGAGCUACAGAGGACCACAAGUAUUGGUCUUCACAAAGUUGGCUGCUUCAGUGUUUUUAGAUAUUUUUGUCAGAUGUUACUAUGGUAUACUGAAGUAUAAUUACAAGCAUUCCAUAAGUGUCAAAGGCUUUUAUUGACAAUUACAUUAAGUUUAUGUAAAGAGUCAAUAUUUGCAGUGUUGACCCUUCUUUUUCAAGACCUCUGCAAUCCGCCCUGGCAUGCUGUCAAUUAACUUCUGGGCCACAUCCUGACUGAUGGCAGCUCAUUCUUGCACAAUCAAUGCUUGGAGUUUUUCCACCCGCCUCUUGAGGAUUGACCACAAGUUCUCAAUGGGAUUAAGUUCUGGGGAGUUUCCUGGCCAUGGACCCAAAAUGUCGAUGUUUUGUUCCCCGAGCCACUUAGUUAUCACUUUUGCAUUAUGGCAAGGUGCUCCAUCAUGCUGGAAAAGGCAUUGUUCGUCACCAAACUGUUCUUGGAUGGUUGGGAGAAGUUGUUCUUGGAGGAUGUGUUGGUACCAUUCUUUAUUCAUGGCUGUGUUCUUAGGCAAAAUUGUGAGUGAGCCCACUCCCUUGGCUGAGAAGCAACCCCACACAUGAAUGGUCUCAGGAUGCUUUACUGUUGGCAUGACACAGGACUGAUGGUAGCGCUCACCUUGUCUUCUCCGGACAAGCCUUUUUUCCGGAUGCCCCAAACAAUCGGAAAGGGGAUUCAUCAGAGAAAAUUACUUUACCCCAGUCCUCAGCAGUCCAAUCCCUGUACCAUUUGCAGAAUAUCAGUCUGUCCCUGAUGUUUUUCCUGGAGAGAAGUGGCUUCCUUGCUGCCCUUCUUGACACCAGGCCAUCCUCCAAAAGGCUUCGCCUCACUGUGCGUGCAGAUGCACUCACACCUGCCUGCAUUCCUGAGCAAGCUCUGCACUGGUGGUGCCCCGAUCCCGCAGCUGAAUGAACUUUAGGAGACAGUCCUGGCGCUUGCUGGACUUUCUUGGGCGCCCUGAAGCCUUCUUCAACAACAAUUGAACCUCUCUCCUUGAAGUUCUUGAUGAUCCGAUAAAUGGUUGAUUUAGGUGCAAUCUUACUAGCAGCAAUAUCCAUGCCUGUGAAGCCCUUUUUGUGCAAAGCAAUGAUGACGGCACGUGUUUCCUUGCAGGUAACCAUGGUUAACAGAGGAAGAACAAUGAUUUCAAGCACCACCCUCCUUUUAAAGCUGUUAUUCUAACUCAAUCAGCAUGACAGAGUGAUCUCCAGCCUUGUCCUCGUCAACACUCUCACCUGUGUUAACGAGAGAAUCACUGACAUGAUGUCAGCUGGUCCUUUUGUGGCAGGGCUGAAAUGCAGUGGAAAUGUUUUUUGGGGGAUUAAGUUCAUUUUCAUGGCAAAGAGGGACUUUGCAAUUAAUUGCAAUUCAUCUGAUCACUCUUCAUAACACUCUGGAGUAUAUGCAAAUUGCCAUCAUAAAAACUGAGGCAGCAGUUUUUAUAUUAAAAAAAAUAAUAUUUGUGUCAUUCUCAAAACUUUUGACCACGACUGUACACAAAACAAUACAGCACAGAAAGCUGCAGUGCAGUACAGUACCGUUUACAGUACAAUAGUCUAUAAAUGUCUCCAUGGAUACUGUAAGCUAAUUGAAGAUCAGGAAGAUAAGGCUUGGAUCAGAGAAUGGCUCAUUCCUCAAUAAUUGUAAUGUAAACAUGUGUCAUUACCAUAAAGAUGAUACGAUAAUUGGCUGUGUUAAUGGGUUCCUCCACUAAUUGGUUAAACUAUUUGCAUAUGUACAUUUUGUUGACUUCAUCGAUGUGAUCAUCAUUCAGUGAUCAUCCUAAAUGUCAGGUGACAGGUCGUCCAAUUUCCCCCCAGAAUAACCUUUCCUUGAAAAUGGCUGUAGUCUGUGUGAUUCUCUUAGACGCAUUUCAUAGAUGGGUUGAAUGUUAGUCAAAAGGUUAGCCUUAUUGGAACAUAGAUCAGAUAGACUUGUUUUGAAAGGAAUGACAAAACACAACAGUGGAUUUGAAUCCAUCCACCCCCGGGUCUGGGUUUUUCAUGCUCCUUUAUCUUCUCGUCUAUCCUUCUAUCGUUCUAUUUAUCCCCCCAGCGGCUAUUUUGGACGACCAGUCGGUGUGUGGUCGAGGGGAGCGGCUGGCGCUGGCUCUGGCCAGGGAGAACAUCAACAGUAUGUUUGAGGGCCCAUCCAGAGCCCACGUGGAGGUGGACAUCUUCGAGCUGCAGAAGGACUCCCAGUACGAGACCACCGAUACCAGUGAGUAUGAUCAGUACAAAGCAGUAUUGUCAAAUAGAGCUGGAUAGACAUUUUAUUCACACAAAUGUGACCGACAGGUUUCAAACCCAGGUCGAAUCCUGGGUACUGCAAGAAUGUUAGCCCGCUAAGCUAAUGUGAAUGCUACACUUAUUGACAAAUCCCACUGGGCACACACUGGUUGAAUCAACGUGGUUUCCACGUCAUGUCAACUAAAUUACGUUGAACCAACGUGGGAUAUUCCUGGAUAGACACUUAACUCAUACAAAUUUGAUGGACUGGGUUUGAAACCCAGGUCUCCUGAGUGCCACAAGACUGUGUUAGCCAUCUGAGCUAACACUAGGCAUUAUCUCAGAGGAGCUAACGCAAGUCUUCUGAUCCCAGGCAAGGUCACUCAUCACACGAGUUACACCCACAGACACUUACACAGUGCAGUGUACCACUGACAGAAGUUAUUGUCUCGGAAAAGGACGACUCGACCGAGCUAAGCGUGUAUGCGAGAUCAUUAUUUUUCACAAGGUAUAGCGUUUUGUACUCUCACCAUCACAAAGGGAGGCAAUAUCCUUUUACUGCAGUGGGCUAAAUCAGGCUCACACAGAGUGUUUCCUUGAUAGUCUUAAACAAAUCUACUUUGAAACAAAAGUAUACACCUCACACACAUGGUUAUGGGCUUGAAAAAAAAAGAAGACACCUGUACCAUGUCAGACAUAGAGCUGAAAUGUAUUCCAUUUUGAGUUUGCAUCCCAAUAUUACACUUUAUAUACAUCACAGAAGACUGAAAUAUAACAAAACAUUUGACAUCGAAACACUGGAUUUUCUGUGUAUUAGUUUAUUUUUAUUAUUAAUUAUGAAAAAUAUUAAUAACAUUCCACCCAUGAGGCCACUGGGUCUUUUGACAGCAGGAAAGGGUCUACUGUAGUGGGUCUUAACAGUUGCUCUUUAAGCAGUGAGUGAUCUGCAAGCAUGCACGUGCAUACACACAUACUGUAUGCACACACAGACACACAUACAUUGCUUAUCUGUCUCGGAUCUGGGAGUGCCGCACAGGUUUUUCUGGACAGAAUUAGAACACUAAUCUCCACUAGACAGAGUGUGGAUUCAGAUUGCCGUUAUGGCUACAAUUAAUCAAAAGUGUCUGGCAUUGACUCUUAAUUUGAUUAAUCAUCCAAGAACAGGACACAGACAGAACUGGACCUCAUCCAAGACAUUGACUCUUCCAUCUCGCUCCUUACUAAUUCCCCCAUCUUUCUCUCGCUCCUUACUGUCUGUCUGUCUCUCUCUCUCUCUCGUCUCCUCUUUUCUUUCUCUCGCCCUCUAUAUCCCUCACCCUCUCUCUGUCGCUUUCUCUCUCUCCUUCUCUCUCUUUCUCUCUUUCUCUCCUGUCUCUCUCUCCUCUCUAUCUCCCCUCUCUCUCAGUGUGUCAGAUAUUGCCGAAGGGGGUGGUCUCUGUGAUUGGCCCUGCGUCCAGUCCCGCCUCAGGCUCAACUGUCAGUCACAUCUGUGGGGAGAAGGAGGUGAGCUAGCUAUGUCCUCUAAACCAUAUUCACACUGCUACUCAUACUAUAUCCCCAAACUCCCAUAAACCACUACUCCACUACUUGUCUGCUUACUGGAUGAUUACCGAUCAUUGUAAGGACUGGAUAGGUUUCAUCCAUUUUGUUUAUAACAAUCCUGCUGGGGUCACCAAUGCGAAAAUGUAUACAGUGGGGAAAAAAAGUAUUUAGUCAGCCACCAAUUGUGCAAGUUCUCCCACUUAAAAAGAUGAGAGAGGCCUGUAAUUUUCAUCAUAGGUACACGUCAACUAUGACAGACAAAAUGAGAAAAAAAAUCCAGAAAAUCACAUUGUAGGAUUUUUAAUGAAUUUAUUUGCAAAUUAUGGUGGAAAAUAAGUAUUUGGUCUGCAGAGAGCUGGGACCAAAGUAACAAAGCCUACCAUCAGUAACACACUACGCCGCCAGGGACUCAAAUCCUGCAGUGCCAGACGUGUCCCCUGCUUAAGCCAGUACUGUCAGGCCCGUCUGAAGUUUGCUAGAGUGCAUUUGGAUGAUCCAGAAGAGGAUUGGGAGAAUGUCAUAUGGUCAGAUGAACCAAAUUAACUUUUUGCUAAAACUCAACUCGUCGUGUUUGGAGGACAAAGAAUGCUGAGUUGCAUCCAAAGAACACCAUACCUACUGUGAAGCAUGGGGGUGGAAACAUCAUGCUUUGGGCUGUUUUUCUGCAAAGGGACCAGGACGACUGAUCCGUGUAAAGGAAAGAAUGAAUGGGGCCAUGUAUCGUGAGAUUUUGAGUGAAAACCUCCUUCCAUCAGCAAGGGCAUUGAAGAUGAAACGUGGCUGGGUCUUUCAUCAUGACAAUGAUCCCAAACACACCGCCCGGGCAACGAAGGAGUGGCUUCGUAAGAAGCAUUUCAAGGUCCUGGAGUGGCCUAGCCAGUCUCCAGAUCUCAACCCCAUAGAAAAUCUUUGGAGGGAGUUGAAAGUCCGUGUUGCCCAGCGACAGCCCCAAAACAUCACUGCUCUAGAGGAGAUCUGCAUGGAGGAAUGGGCCAAAAUACCAGCAACAGUGUGUGAAAACCUUGUGAAGACUUACAGAAAACGUUUGACCUGUGUCAUUGCCAACAAAGGGUAUAUAACAAAGUAUUGAGAAACUUUUGUUAUUGACCAAAUACUUAUUUUCCACCAUAAUUUGCAAAUAAAUUCAUAAAAAAUCCUACAAUGUGACUUUCUGGAUUUUUUUUCUCAUUUUGUCUGUCAUAGUUGACGUGUACCUAUGAUGAAAAUUACAGGCCUCUCUCAUCUCUUUAAGUGGGAGAAUUUGCACAAUUGGUGGCUGACUAAAUACUUUUUUUCUCCACUGUAAGUCCUUUCAGGUUAGUGGAUGUGAGGGAAAGGAGACGUGGAAACAGUUCAUGUUGGGACACAGCCAUUGUCGCUCUAGGAAAUGUCCUCUCUGAUCUCUCUCCCUCGGUCAUAGUUCAGUGAACUCUAUAAUGAGUUAACUGUUGUUCAUUCAGUGUGAACCUGCAUGGUCACACUUCGGUCAUGCAGAGAAUUGACCUGGUUAAUACUCCUUCUUUCACUAGCUACGAUAAUGAAUCACAAUCUUAUUCCAUGGUUAGAUUACAAUCUCUAUACAUCUCUCGUCGUCUAAAUCUGCAACAGGACUGAUUAUAAUAAUAUAAUAUAUAUGCUGUCAAUCAUCUACCAAUGGACAUUUCUUCAGGCAUUUUCACAUUAGACUUUAUUUCAGUACGGGGUGAGCAGCAUUUAAUCCCAUGGGCAAAACAUUUCAGACCUAGCCCCUAGGCAGGUUGAGUCAAACAGGGUUUAAAAUCUCGCCCUAGGGAGAAAAUGCAAAUGUAAAAUAAUUUAGCCUGUUUGCCUUGGAGUUGUCCAUGGAUGAAAUACCAGUAUAAAAACACCUUUUGUUUUGUUGCACUUCAAUUGGGUUGAAUAUGGACAGAGCAUGAUACUACUGUACAGGGUAAAAGCUUAAAUGCUUAAAGGCCCAAUGCAGCUGUUUUUAUUUUAAUAUCAAAUCAUUUCUGGUAACAAUUAAGUAAUAGUUUUCCAUUAAAAUGGUCAAAAAGAACAAAAAAUAGCUUAUAAGCAAAAAACUAUUUCUCAAGCAAGAAUUUUGCCAGGACUGUCUGGGAGUAUUCUGGGUGGGGAGAGGGAGGAUUAUGUAAUCUGAAAACUAGCUGUUAUUUGUCAGCGUCUGGGUGCAGUGGGGAAACGGAAUCAGGCGCAGGACACAGAACUGAGAGAUAAAUGGCUUUACUAGAAUCCAAGUAAACCAUAGCAAACCCUCCACGCAGGGAAGAGCAAAACAACAGCUCAACAGACGACGUAACAAAGAACAAUCACGCACACACCCAGGAGGGAAAACAGAGGUAAUAUAGGGAAACUAAUAAGCCUAAUGAGUAACAGGUGUGAACAAUAAAGACAGAACUAGUGAGACACAGAAACAUCGAUCGGUGGCAGCUAGUACUCCGGUGACGACGACCGCCGAAGCCUGCCCGAACGAGGAGGAGGGGCAGCCUCGGCCGUAUCCGUGACAUUAUUGGCAGAUGUUUGAAACUCUCUUUGUGUUAUGAACGUAUAUUGCCUGGUGUUGUCACCAGGCAAGCCUAAACUCCACCUAUGCAAAACCUGCUGAUUAGAAGGUCCUGUGUAGAUUGUAUUUUCAACCAGCAACUAUCAGGUUAUAACACUGAUCAAAUGUUUUCACACUUUUACAGUGUUAGUUUCAUCAGCUGUUGUACAAAAUGAUACAAAACACAGGGAAAACAUAAUUUUGACUGCACUGGGCCUUUAAUUUACCUCCCAGCCCGUCAUCUCCCUUCCUCUUUUGCUAAUUAUAGUAUUAUACAUGUAUGAUAAUCCAUCCUUUAUAACACACUCACAUAAAAAGGUAUGAACACUUCCCUUGACCAAUUCAUAAUGUUUAAAAGUGCAUUUAUAACGCCUUAUGUUGCCUACUGUCUCAGAUUCCUCAUGUGAAGAUAGGCCCGGAGGAGACGCCCAAACUCCCAUACCUCCGCUUCGCCUCGGUCAGCCUCUACCCCAGCAACGAGGACCUGAGCCUGGCUAUAGGGGCCAUUCUCCGCUCCUUCAGCUAUCCCACCGUCAGCCUCAUCUGCGCCAAGGCAGAGUGUGAGUGUUCACCUCAGGGUGUCUGAUACUGCAUGCGUGUUCCUAUACUUCCCUAAUUCUAUAUUUCCAUACUACAAUACUUACGUACGCUCUUAGAAAAAAAGUGCUAUCUAGAACCUAAAAUGGUUAUUCGGCUGUCCCCAUGGGAGAACCCUUUGAAAUAACUAUUUUUGGUACCAGGUAGAACCCUUUAGGUUCUAGGUAGAACCCUUUUGGGUUCCGUGUAGAACCCUUUUCCACAGAGGAUUCUACAUGGAACCAAAAAGGGUUCUACCUGAAACCAAAAAGGGUUCUCCUAUGGGGACAGCUGAAGAACCCUUUUGGAACCCUUUUUUCUAAGAGUGUACAGUCUCAUUUAUGCCAAGGCAGAGUAUGGGUGUUCAGCUCGACUGUAUUCGUGUCCUCCUAUAUUUCCUUUACCUCUGUAUUUCCAUACACAAACUUUCUACGGUUACAGUUUGAUCUGCGCAAAGGUUGAGUUGAGUGCAGGGUAUUUGAUGCCACAUUUAUCAUGUACUUCUAUACUUUGCUUCUUGCCUAUUGUUAAAGUAUCACCUGUGCCAAGGCUGAGUGUGAGGUUGGAGAUGCCCUGCAUGCGCUGUGUUGCUUUGUGUGUUUUCCUCAAAGUGUCUGCUCACGUAAUCCUUCAUUUAGCCAAGAAGGUUAUAGUAAUACAUAGCUAUCCGUUGAGGUUUACGUAUUGUGUAUAUGUUUUGACGCUUUAGGCUUGUCAACAUACAGCCGAUGCCCCUGAAACUUCAGCAGAGCAGCAGAACGUAUCAUUUUGCAUUGGUCUGAUGCUCCUCGUCGCAAAUAAUCCAACUCCAACAAAGACCCUGAACUGUACAAGUGUAUUCCAGUAGCCCAGAGCUAUUCGUACAUCCCUCUAUCACCCUCCCAUUGGUCCCCCUACAUCCUAGGGUCCCCUGCACACAGAGUGCAGCCGCCCAGCCAGUCCAGGCAGUGGAUUAGCCCAGUUCCCCUCCAGAUUGGAUUAUGCCUUCCACAUAUGAGCUGCCUCUCCACUUGACUGCUCAGGUCUGGGCCAAGGUCGGGUGUGAUCAUGCACUGAAUGCAUCUUUUUACAGGCCGCGCCGCACUCCCUCUUUAUCGAUCCCGCUGUUUUCCACUUGGCUGGACUGGUAUGCGGUCUGUGUAAUGUGCCCUCGCAAAAUAUGUAGUUUUUUUUUCUCUUCUUUUUAAAAUCAUUUUUACAGUCGGCUACACUGCCACUGUAUUGGUUUCUCUAUUCCCUGCUCACGGCCCAAUUACAGCCACCCUAUGGAGAGUUUAUUGUUGCUAUUAUCAAGGUCAUGCAUGUGAUUUUACUAGUCCUGGAUAGUUUAACUCAGUGGUCACUGAAUUUGAUAAAAACGGGCAGGAAGUAAAGGUGUACUUGUCAUUAAUUUUAGAAAAAAGUGAAACAAUUAAAAAUAUUCAAAAACCCUCCUUAGUUACACAGAGAAUGUGAAAAUCGAUAUUAAGAGGAUCCUCUAGGCAUUUAAAGUUACCAUCUGGUUACCUUCUGAUUACCUGUUAAAUGGCAUAUAAUAUUAUAUAUUUACCAAAGUAGUUUUAGAGUUACUACGCAGUAUAAUAUAAAGGGGGAGGGGGACAGAGAAAUAGAGCAAAAUAUAAGUAAUCAAAAUGGUAGCAGUAAUCAAAAUGAGUUUUGAAACAGCAAUACAGUGCUAUAGUACUCUGAAAUGUUUGGUUGAGGUAUCACAAAAUGUGUGGUUCAUCAACACAUACCCAGCCUCUAACUUUGACGUGCUCCGCCUCCACCCUUUAGGCCUGCUGCGAUUGGAGGAGCUGGUGCGGCGCUUCCUGAUCUCCCGGGAAACGCUGUCUGUCAGGAUGCUGGAUGAAAGCCUGGACCCCACCCCCUUGCUGAAGGAGAUCAGAGACGACAAAGUGGCCACUAUCAUCAUCGACGCCAACGCCUCCAUCUCUUACCUCAUCCUCCAGAAGGUCAGGACACUAACCGGGCUACAGUUACAAAGACAACUGACAACAGUGUGGUCCUCUGUAGCUCAGGUGGUAGAGCAAGGCAUAGUGGGUUUGAUUCUCAGAGCCACCCGUACGUAAAAUGAAUGCACGCGUGACUAAGUUGCUUUUGAUAAAAGGCCUGCUAAAUGGCAUAUAUUAUUAUUAUAUAUUAUUGUUUCAAAACUUUCAAAGAAUUAUGUAACACUUUAUUUGAAGGCUACCUAGAUCUACAUAAGGACAUUUUACAUUUACAUUUUAGUCAUUUAUCAGACGCUCUUAUCCAGAGCGACUUACAGUUAGUGAGUGCAUACAUUUUUAUUUUUUUAUACUGGAAUCGAACCCACAACCCUGGCGUUGCAAAUGCCAUGCUCUACCAACUGAGCUACAUCCCUGCCGGCCAUUCCCUCCCCUACCCUGGACGACGCUGGGCCAAUUGUGCGCCGCCCCAUGGGUCUCCCGGUCGCGGCCGGCUACGACAGAGCCUGGAUUCGAACCAGGAUCUCUAGUGGCACAGCUAGCACUGCGAUGCAGUGCCUUAGACCAUUGCGCCACUCGGGAGGCCCGUAUGAGGACAUCAUAACACAUGUAUCACUCAUAUAUAACACAUUUGUAAGCAGUACAUAAACAUUCCAGAAACGGAAUAAUGAUGUUAUUUAGACAUAAUUAAUAUAUCUACUUAUGAAUCUGUUAUGUAUGACUUAUUAAUGUGCUAUGAAAUCUUUUUGUAGGUUUGCCUUGCCCAGCUCAAUGUCAUUCUCUGCAGUAUAACACAUAGUACCAUUUAUCCUACUCUAUAUUGCAGCCAGAAGGCACAUUAUGCAUGCUUUUAAAGGAUGUAUUAUUCUGUCCACCGGGGCGGCAGGUAGCUUAGUGGGUAAGAGCGUUGUGCCAGUAACCGAAAGGUCGCUGGUUCUAAUCCCCGAGCCGACUAGGUGAAAAAUCUGUCGAUGUGCCCUUGAGCAAGGCACUUAACCCUAAUUGCUCCUGUAAGUCGCUCUGGAUAAGAGCGUCUGCUAAAUGACUAAAAUGUAAAUGUAAAUGUACUGGUGGCACUACCAGUGGCACAAGUACUGUAAGCUAUAUAAAUGCUACAAGUAGUCUUCAUGUAAGUAGUGUAGAUGCACGUCAAAAUAGCAGACAUGCGCUGUUAACUUUACAUUAUGUCUCAAUAGCAGAGAGGUCACAGUUGUACAUGUUAUACACCUGCUCAUGUGUAUAAAGUGAACCAACUUGUUAUCUGAAUGCCGUAUGAUCAAGUUACUGCAUCACCCACAAUGCAGUACAGUUCAGUGUAUCAGCACUGUUACCAAUGACCGCCUCUCUCCUUUUCCACCCUCUCAGGCAUCGGAGCUGGGGAUGACUUCAGCGUUUUACAAAUACAUCCUCACCACCAUGGUAAGAGCAUACCAAUCAAAAUUCUCCGUACCCUACCCACUACCCUCUCUGCUCGGGCCCUGGCCGCCCGGCCUAUGGAUGGCUAUCGCGGCGGAUCUUAUCUGAAAUGCAUGAUGGGAGUGCGCAGUUUGUCAUCAUUAUUUCCCUGCCCGGUGCAUGCCCUUGUGUGAGGUGACUUACAUAGCUAAUAAUAUUUUCGACAUCGUAUCCCGUCCCGUCUACAGUGUAGGACGUUUUUACCGUGGUACUUACAAGGGUGUGCGCCUCACACCCCCAAGAGCAAAACGGCAGUUCCCCGAACAUUGGAGAGGGACCAGAAAUCUCUAAAUCAUGACCCUUUCAUUUUCAUACAGUAGCUGAAUGGCACGCCACUCUACUGUCUGGAACUGGAACCAUUGGUGCCCUGCCUCCCGGUACCAAAACACUGUCCCUGUAUUGUACCAUGGUCCUAUAUAGUACUGAGACACUGUGGCCUUACAGUAUACAGUAUCACUCUGCUAUUGUGAGAUGCUGUGGUACACUGUUACCACUGCUCUCCAACAGCAAUGAACUUUUUCAGAGCCGUAUUUCAAAAAUAUUUCAAAAGUUUACAAAUAAGAAAAAUGUACUUACCCUCUUCUACCCCUAUUCCACACAGCUAUCUCAUACCUCACUGUUGAACAAUCAUUUAAUAUAAUAUACAUCACUGGGGGGAGUGGGAGGAACACAUAAAAAAUUAAAACUAACAUUUUGCCCACCUGUAUGGUUUAGCUAGCUCUCUCAGAAUGUUAAAUCCCAAGCCCCUCCCUCCCGCUUAUGUCAAUCAGGACUUUCCCCUGCUGCGAUUGGACGACAUGGUGGAUGACCAGUCCAACAUCGUGGGUUUCUCCAUGCUCAACAGCAGCCAUCCCUUCUACCUGGAGUUCAUCAGGAGUCUCAACCUGUCUUGGAGGGAGGGCUGUGAACUCAGCCCCUACCCCGGCCCAGCGGUGAGAACAGCACACCUUGUAUGUGGUUGUCUUUAUAUACUGUUACUGUUACUGUUACUCAUACUCACUCUUUCUCAUAUACUGUACUCAUAUACUCUCAUAUACUGUAAUACUCUCCCUCCAUAUUUACAUUCACUGUAACGCAUAUCUUCUUCAAACACUGUUAUAUUCUGUUUAAAUAGUCUUACAGUCACUCGUAUACUGAUUACUUACUAAUACUCAUAUACAUUACUCAAAUCGUUUUUCUCAUACACUGUCACAUACUGUUACUCUUAUACUGUCACUCAUAUACUGCUACAGUAACUUACUCAUAUACUGCUACAGUAACUUACUCAUAUACUGCUACAGUAACUUACUCAUAUCCUGCUACAGUAACUUACUCAUAUCCUGCUACAGUAACUUACUCAUAUCCUGCUACAGUAAUUUACUUAUAUAAUGCUACAGUAACUUACUCAUAUACUGUCAGCCAAGUAUUUAUCUUGUGUACUCUCUACUGCUAAGUUACCCACAUGCUGUUACCCGUAUAUUUCGACUACUACCCGUAUACUCUCGAUACUAACUUAUACUGCUCAAGCGUUAUAUAUUUUAUACUAUAACAGUAUCAUGACAUCCAAUUUCACAUUCCCUCAUACAUUCUCACUCAUACACUUACUCGUAUGUCCAAUGCCACACAUUUACUCCUACAUUUCUAGGUCAUACACAGCAGAGGAGGCUGGUGGUAAUGGCUGUAAUGGAAUACAUGGAAAGGUAUCAAACACAUCAAACAUGGAAACCACAUGUUUGACUCCCUUCCAUUAAUUCCAAUCCAGCUAUUACAAUGAGCCCGUUCUCCUAUAGCUCCUCCCACCAGCCUCAUACACAGACUUUAUCACUAUUCCUUUUUACACUAUCAAACUGCCAGUCGUAGUACACAGAUUGCCAUGCUGUCACUCACAAUCAUUGUGAUUUACACUCUGUCAGGUUGACUGAUGCCUGACCAGAUGUCAUUAAUGUUUAAAGGAUAGUUUGGGAUUUUGGCAUUGAGGCCCUUUAUCUACUUCCCCAGAGUCAGAUGAACUUGUGGAUACCAUUUUUAUGUCUCUGCGUGCAGUUUGAAGGAAGUUGCUAAUUAGCGCUAGCACAAUUGCUAUCUAGCGUUAGUGCAAUGACUGGAAGUCUAUUGGUAUCUGCUAGCAUGCUUCCAGUCAUUGCGCUAACGCUAGUUAGCAUUGGCUUGCGAAACUAUCCUUAACUUCCUUCAUACUGGACACAGAGACAUAAAAAUGGUAUCCAUGAGUUCAUCGGACUCUGGGGAAGUAGAUAAAGGGCCUCGUUGCCAAAAUCCAGAAGUAUCCCUUAAAGGUUUGAUUGAAUCACACCGCUUUGGCACAGACCACAGUGCCACCUUGUUGAUUGAGUAACGUUACAUCUAUCUCAAUGUUUCUCACUUUUAGUCUUUCUUUCUCCAUCUCUCUUUCUAUCUUUAUGCCUGCCUCUCUCAUCUUUCUCUCUCCAUCUCUCUCUACCAUUGUGCCUCUCUCCAUCUCUCUUUCCUUCCCUCCCUCCCUCCCUUCCCCUAUCCCCUUCUCCCCUUACCUCUCUCUCGCCCACAGCUCUCGUCGGCUCUCAUGUUUGAUGCGGUGCAUGUGGUGGUGGGGGCGGUGCGUGAGCUCAACCGGAGUCAGGAGAUUGGAGUGAAGCCACUCAGCUGCACCACUCCUCAGAUCUGGCAGCACGGCACCAGCCUGAUGAACUACCUGCGCAUGGUACCAACACCUGCUCUUGCUUUACUCGAUGCUGUCCCAAUGCUGUCUCAAUACUGUCCCGAUGCUGUCUCAAUACUGUCCCGAUGCUGUCUCAAUACUGUCCCAAUGCUGUCCCAACACUGUCCCAAUGCUGUCCCAACUAUCCCAUUUUGUAUUAGCCAACAUUUUGGGGGGGCCAAGGCAACAAUGUAAUGUUGUUGACUACAGAAACCUUUAGUUCACCUGUGUGGUUUCUCUUUACUGCAUGGUGUCCCAACUAGCCAAUUGUGCCACCUGCAUAUAAGCCAACUAGGUGCAGAGCUUAGUUGAAAUAUGCAAUAUGGCAUGGUACAUCCACCUGUUACUGAACACUGCCCCAACUAGAGUGGCUAGCUAUUUAUGCAUUUGUCCCCUUAGCCAACUGAAUUGACUGAGUUGGAUUGGAAUUGACCCCAACCCUACCAGUAGGCUAACUAGUGAAUAGCACAGCUCCACUUAGCAAAACGUUAGUGCUUGAAGCACUAUCCUAUAACCUACCUGUCGCCUUCGUGGUUUUCGUUUGUUGCCACGUAUACUACUGCUCUUGUUUUGUGGGGGUUGUUGUUGUGGGGGUUGUAGUUGUGUGUUGUGGUGUUGAUGGUAUUUUUUCCUACCUUCAUUGCAGUGCUCUGCUGGGCAGCAUAUUUUCUCUCCAUCCUCUCCUCCUCCUUCAUUCCUCCUCUCCUAUCGGAGUCUGUCACUUCUUAUCUUCCCCCAUUUGUUUCUCGCCUCAUCUCUCUUCAGUCUCAGACAAUGUUUUCUCGCUCUCCGCGCAUCAUUCCAUCAUUCGUACACUCUCUUUGGCAGUGGUUCCACUCCUCUCCUCCUUUCUUCCCCCUCCUUCCCCCGCUCUGUUGUUCCUCGUUUGGGCAUCUCUCGUUCUUCCUCUCUUUUAGGGUAUAAUUCAUCCUGAGUCUUUCUCUCCACGCUGCACCCUCUGUCUCUCUGCCUGCCUAUUGUUUUAGCCAUACAUCUCUCUGUCUCUCUCGCCACUUUCAGCAAUCUAAUAUACUGCUGCCAAGCCUAGCUAUCGCCUGUCUGUUUGUCUGGGCUGAAUCUCUCUCUCUCUCUCUCUCUCUCUCUGUUUGUCUGUCCCUCCCCUCUCUUUCUGUCUUACAUUAUUUUUCUCUCUAUUUGCCACUCUCUCUCUGGCUCCUUGAAAGAAUCAAUUGUUUUUAUCUCUCUUGCUUCCCCUCUCUCUCUCCCUCAACCCCCCCCCCCCCCCCUCUCUCUCUCCCUCCCUCCCUCUCCCUCUCUCUCUCUCUUUCUCUUUCUCUUUCUCUUUCUCUUUCUCUCAGGUGGAGUAUGAUGGGUUGACCGGCAGGGUGGAGUUCAACAGCAAAGGCCAGAGGACAAACUACACCCUGAGGAUCCUGGAGAAGCACCAUGGGGGUCAUAAAGAGGUCAGGGGGUCAAGGGGUAAUGGGCUCAAAUAUGACUGGGUCAUUGGGUCAUGGUGGGGUCGGGGAUGAAUGGCUCUAUUUAUGAGCUGAUUUGACAAGCACUGGAGUUAGAUACACUAUACGUAUUGACUAACGCAUACACAUUGAUCAUGGGUUUAACCCUAUUCUCUAUCUCUUCCUCUUCAUCCUCUUCAUCCUCUUCUCCCAAUCCAUUUAUCUUCUCUUUCUUUCCUCCGUCAUCCCUGAGUAUAGAUCGGGAUCUGGUACUCUAACAACACGUUGGCGAUGAACUCGACGUCUCUGGACAUCAACAUGUCGGAGGCGCUGGCUAACAAGACGCUCAUCGUCACCACCAUAUUGGUAAAGACAUUAAGGUUUCGCAAAUUUGCAUUGGUAGAAUGUGAAACUGUUGGUUUUCUGUUGGCCAUUUUGGGUCAAACAAGAUGAAUUUCAUUUACCAAGAACAAAAAAAAAGAGUCAGUCGGGUACACUAAUCAUUUUAUUGUACGGUAACUUUUAAAAUCAGUUCUAUACACCUGAUCAAGUAAGUGCUAAGUAGAUGUUAAUGUCAUUCAUGGAUAAUAGGUCGCUUAUUGCCACUUAGUGACAAAUCAUUUUGCCAGUGACCUAUAUGCAAGAAAUUACAAUAUAUGUAAAUGCUGGUAUGUGCAUGCAUUCCAAGUGAAAAAUGUGCCCUUACUAAAUUCUUCAGUACACUGUUCCUUCUUUGAAUUAUGAUGAAGAGAUUUUCAGCAACUGUUGGUAGGACGAUUUACAUUUUAGUCAUUUAGCAGACAUUCUUAUCCAGAGCGACUUAAAGUUAGUGCACUUAUCUUAAGAUAGCUACGUUAGACAGCCGCAUCUCAGUCAUAGUAAUCAAAUGUUUUCCUUAAUAAGUGGCUAUCAGCAAAGUCAGUGCUAGUAACAAAAGACAAGUGUGAGUAUAUAUAAUCAACACGUUUCGGUAAAUGCCUUCACCGUCUUUGAAUUAUAGCUCUUGAAUGACCUUUUGCUUUCCUUCUAUUGCAGGAGAACCCGUAUGUGAUGCGCAAGUCCAACUACCAGGAGCUGCAAGGAAACGACCGGUACCAGGGCUUCUGUGUGGACAUGUUAAGAGAGCUGUCGGACAUGUUGAAGUUCUCCUUCAGGAUCAAGUUGGUGGAUGACGGGCUGUACGGAGCACCUGAACCAAAUGGAUCCUGGACAGGCAUGGUGGGAGAGCUCAUCGAUAGGGUAAGCACACACAUUUCACACACUCACGCAUGCACACACUCACGCUGUCAGAAGGCGUGGAUGUGGUGUAGGAAUCAAUCGCAGGACACAGAGGCUUAGUCUAAAAGUCUUUAGUCAAGACAAAAUGACCCGGCUACAAAACAGAGCCGGAGGCACGAGAAAAUUACGCACACUGCGUAAACGAGCAAAAUGCAACAAACGCGCACAACAAGUGCGGACUCUCUAUAAACAAAACAAAUAGAGAAAAAUGUACUGACUGCUCCAGCUGACAAAAGAACAACUACACACAAACACAUGACAGAAACAACGAGAACUUAAAGGACACAUAAUCAACACUAAACGAGAACAGGUGUACCAAACAGACCAAACCAAACAAACAUCGAAAACAAAGAACGGUAGCAGCUAGUACUCCGGAGACGACGACCGCCGAAGCCUGCCCGAACAAGGAGAAGGAGCAGCCUCGGCCGAAACCGUGACAGUACCCCCCCCUUGACGCGCGGCUCCAGCCGUGCGCCGACCCCGGCCUCGGGGACGACCAGGAGGACGCGGAGCAGGGCGCGUGGGAUGACCACGAUGGAACUCAGUCAGAAGAGACGGGUCUAAGAUGUCUCUCCUCGGCACCCAGCACCGCUCCUCCGGACCGUACCCCUCCCACUCCACGAGAUAUUGGAGACCCCCCAUCCGAUGUCUCGAAUCCAGGAUGGACCGAACUGUGUACGCCGGAGCCCCCUCGAUGUCCAGCGGGGGCGGAGGAGUCUCUCCUAUCUCACAGUCCUGGAGUGGACCAGCUACCACCGGCCUGAGGAGAGACACAUGGAACGAGGGGUUAAUAUUCUUAUAAUCAAUAGGUAGUUGUAACCUGUAACACACCUCGUUCAACCUCCUCAGGACUUUAAAAGGCCCCACAAACCGCCGACCCAGCUUCCGGCAGGGCAGGCGGAGGGGCAGGUUUCUGGUCGAGAGCCAGACUCGAUCUCCCGGUGCGUACACCGGUCCCUCACUGCGGUGGAGAUCGGCGCUCGCCUUGUGUCGACGGAUGGCCCGCUGCAGAUGGACGUGUGCAGCGUUCCACGUCUCCUCCGAGCGCCGCACCCACUCAUCCACCGCAGGGGCCUCGAUCUGGCUCUGAUGCCAAGGUGCCAGAGCCGGUUGGUACCCUAAUACACAUUGGAAAGGAGUUAGUUUGGUGGAGGAGUGGCGAAGAGAGUUCUGUGCCAUCUCGGCCCAGGGAACAUACCUCGCCCACUCCUCCGGCCGGCCCUGGCAAUACGACCUCAGAAACCUACCCACAUCCUGGUUUACCCGUUCGACCUGCCCAUUGCUCUCCGGGUGGUACCCCGAGGUAAGGCUCACCGAGGCCCCCAAGCGCUCCAUGAACGCUCUCCAGACUCGAGAGGUAAACUGGGGGCCUCGAUCAGACACUAUAUCCUCGGGUACCCCGUAAUGCCGGAAGACGUGAGUGAAUAGAGCCUCAGCGGUCUGUAGGGCAGUAGGGAGCCCUGGCAUGGGAAGGAGACGACAGGCCUUCGAGAACCGAUCCACAACGACCAGGAUGGUGGUAUUCCCCUGGGAGGGGGGAAGGUCUGUAACAAAAUCCACCGAGAGGUGAGACCAGGGUCGUUGUGGAACGGGCAGGGGUUGUAACUUACCCCGGGGCAGGUGUCUGGGUGCCUUACACUGGGCACACACCGAGCAUGAGGAAACAUAAACCCUCACAUCCCUGGCUAACGUUGGCCACCAGUAUUUAGUGCUAAGGCAGUGCACUGUCCGGCCAAUACCUGGAUGUCCAGAGGAGGGUGACGUGUGAGCCCAAUAAAUAAGUCAAUCCCGAACCUCGAACGGAACGUACGUCCGACCCACAGGACACUGGGGAGGACUAGGAUCGGUACGCAACCCCCGCUCGAUUUCGGAGUCGACUUCCCACACCACCAGUGCCACCAGACAAGACGGCGGUAGUAUGGGUGUGGGCUCAACGGACCUCUCCUCCGUGUCAUACCGCCGGGACAGGGCGUCUGCCUUACCGUUCUGGGACCCAGGGAUGUACGUGAUCUUAAAUACGAACUGGGCCAGAAACAUGUUCCACCGAGCCUGGCGAGGGUUCAGUCUCCUAGCUGCCCGGAUGUACUCCAGGUUCUGGUGGUCAGUCAAAAUGAGGAAAGGGUGUUGAGCCCCCUCAAGCCAAUGCCUCCACACCUUUAGGGCCUGUACCAGGGCUAGCAGCUCCCUGUCCCCUACGUCAUAAUUUCGCUCCGCCGGGCUGAGCUUUUUAGAGUAAAAAGCACAGGGACGGAGUUUAGGUGGCGUGCCAGACCGUUGCGAGAGCAUGGCCCCUAUACCGGCCUCAGACGCGUCCACCUCGACCUGGAAUGGUAGCGCGGGAUCCGGAUGCGCCAGCACCGGAGCCGAAGUAAACAGGUCCUUCAGUCUCCCAAAAGCCCUAUCAGCCUCAGCAGACCACUGCAAGCGCACCGGACGCCCCUUAAGAAGGGACGUUAUGGGAGCUGCCACCUGUCCAAAACCCCGGAUAAACCUCCUGUAGAAAUUCGCAAACCCCAAGAACCGCUGCACCUCUUUAACGGUGGUUGGGGUUUGCCAAUUACGCACGGCAGACACUCGGUCAACCUCCAUCUUCACCCCUGACGCAGACAACUGAUAACCCAAAAAGGAGACAGACUCCUGGAAAAACAGACAUUUCUCUGCCUUGACAUAUAGGUCAUGCUCCAACAACCUCCUCAACACUCGGCGCACCAGGGCUACAUGCUCGGCUCGGGUAGAAGAGUACACCAGAAUGUCGUCAAUGUACACGACCACUCCUUGCCCCUGCAUAUUCCGGAAGAUCUCAUCUACGAAGGAUUGGAAGACUGAAGGAGCAUUCAUUAACCCGUAUGGCAUGACGAGAUACUCGUAAUGACCCGAGGUGGUACUAAAUGCUGUCUUCCAUUCGUCUCCCUCCCUAAUGCGCACCAAGUUGUAGGCGCUCCUGAGGUCCAACUUUGUGAAGAACCGCGCUCCGUGUAAUGACUCCGUCAUAGUCGCAAUCAGAGGGAGUGGAUAACUAUAUUUCACAGUAAUCUGAUUGAGACUGCGGUAAUCAAUACACGGGCGCAAACCCCCAUCUUUUUUCUUCACAAAAAAGAAGCUUGAGGACGCAGGGGAAGUGGAGGGCCGUAUGUAUCCCUGUCUCAGAGACUCGGCUAUAUAAGUCUCCAUAGCUCUCUUCUCCUCUUGAGACAAAGGAUACACAUGGCUCCGCGGAAGCGCAGCUCCUACCUGGAGGUCUAUCGCACAAUCCCCCUGUCUAUGUGGUGGCAAUUGCGUCGCCCUCGCCUUGCUAAACACAAGUGCUAAAUCCUCAUACUCGGGGGGAACGUGCAUUGCGGGCACUUGGUUUGGACUCUCCACCGAGGUCGCCCCCACGGAAACACCCAGACAUCGCCCCACACACUGGGCAGACCACUCCUUAAGAGCCCUCUGUUGCCACGAAAUAGAGGGAUUAUGGGUCAUCAACCAGGGAAGCCCCAGCACCACCGGAUACGCAGGAGAGUCGAUAAGAUAUAGCUGAAUAGUCUCCUCAUGACCCUCCCCAUCCUAAGUGGCGCUGUGACCUCCCUAAUCAACCCCGAUCCCAACGGACGGCUAUCUAGAGCAUGUACAGGGAAAGGAUUGUUGACAGGAAGGAGAGGAAUCCCUAACUCUACACAAAAUUUCCGAUCUACAAAAUUCCCGGCUGCGCCUGAAUCUACUAGCGCCUUAUGCUGGGAACGAGGUGCAACCUGUGGAAAACAAACAGGUAUGUUUAGGUGCACAACAGAGAGCUCUGGGUAAGUGGGGCGCCUACUCACCUGGAAGGACUCCCCAGUGCGUGGCCUGCCGUCUCAUCCCCUUGGAGACCCCCCCCAGCACCUAGCCGCAGUGUGUCCUCCACGGCCACAGUUGGUACAGGGGGUGGCCCCCUUCGGACUCCUUCUCCUCUCCUCUCUAGCGCCAGCACCCCCGAGCUCCAUAGGACUCGGCUCGGAGGUGCUGGAGGGUGGAAUGGACGACCCCCACUCAGGACGUCCGCGGGUAGCCAGCAGGGUGUCGAGACGAAUGGCCAUGUCCACCAACUGGUCAAAUGUAAGGGUGGUGUCCCUGCAAGCCAACUCACGACGGACGUCCUCCCGUAGGCUGCAUCGGAAGUGGUCUAUGAGGGCCCGCUCAUUCCACCCUGCAUCUGCCGCUAGAGUCCGGAACUCCAGUGCAAACUUCUGGGCGCUCCUCCUCCCCUGUCGGAGGUAGAAUAGACGCUCUCCCGCCGCUUUCCCCUCAGGUGGAUGGUCGAACACAGCCCUGAAGCGACGGGAGAACUCCGCAUAGGUGAUCGCCGCGGCGUCUAUCCUCCUCCAUUCGGCGUUGGCCCAUUCCAACGCCUUGCCGGUGAGACAGGAGAUGAGGGCGGAAACACUCUCGUGUCCCGAGGGCGCCGGGUGUACGGUGGCUAGGUAGAGUUCUACUUGUAGGAGAAAACCCUGACACCCGGCAGCGGUGCCAUCAUAUGCCCUCGGGAGCGAGAGCCGAAUCCCACUGUGUUCCGGAGCUUGGACGAACGGACUGACCGGUGAUGGUGGUAAGGUAGGAGGAGGCGCGGGUACCCAACUGGUCUCCAGUCGAUGCAGGGUAUUCAUCACUCCCUGCAGAGCGGUUGUGAUUUGGGCUAUCCUGUCAUCCUGUCCGCAGACGCGCUCCUCCCAUGACUCGGUCGCUGCUGCUGCUCCUGCUGAUUCCAUGAUUGGUGUGUAGUUCUGUCAGAAGGCGUGGAUGUGGUGUAGGAAUCAAUCGCAGGACACAGAGGCUUAGUCCAAAAGUCUUUAGUCAAGACAAAAUGACCCGGCUACAAAACAGAGCCGGAGGCACGAGAAAAUUACGCACACUGCGUAAACGAGCAAAAUGCAACAAACGCGCACAACAAGUGCGGACUUUCUAUAAACAAAACAAAUAGAGAAAAAUGUACUGACUGCUCCAGCUGACAAAAGAACAACUACACACAAACACAUGACAGAAACAACGAGAACUUAAAGGACACAUAAUAUACACUAAACGAGAACAGGUGUACCAAACAGACCAAACCAAACAAACAUCGAAAACAAAGAACGGUAGCAGCUAGUACUCCGGAGACGACGACCGCCGAAGCCUGCCCGAACAAGGAGAAGGAGCAGCCUCGGCCGAAACCGUGACACACGCAAACACACACACGCACACACAAAUACCAUCUAGAAGACUGGCUGUCAAAGUGGGUCAAUAGGGUGGGUCUUCAAUCAGUCAAAGUCAGCCUUAGAUAAUCGCCAUGGUAACUAAGGAGAAGCCAGGUUAAAAUCCUUGGUCUUGGAGAGCUAUAGGGAUGUGCAGGCUUUGCCCCAGCUCUGCACUACAAUACCUGAUACAAUUCAUCUAAGAUGUGGAUUAGUUGAUUAAUUUAAUCAGGUGUUAGUUCUGGGAUGGAACAAAAACCUGCUAAGCUCUCUAGUACUGUGGUUGGUGACCACUGAUCAAAGGGUGUGAAGUUUUACAUAUCAAUUCAAGUCUGCUAAUAGUCGGGUUAACCUGUAGCUGUUACUGGUAAGAACGUAUGGAUACAGAGCUGGUGGCUUUCAGACCACAGUCAGAGCUAGGGUUGCAAAAUUCAGUUAACUUUCCCCAAAUUCCCCUUUUCCAAAAAUCCUGGUUGGAGGAUUCCCAGAUUUCCUGCUUAUUCCCUUGUAAUUCCAGGAAUCUUCCAACCAGAAUUUCUGGACAACGGAGGAAUUUUGCAUCCCUAGUCACAGCUUUUACAACAUAUAGUUUGUUUAUGAAACACAACUCUCCCGUAAAUAUUCCCUUGUCAUAGCAACUGACGAAGCAAAAUGUACUGCAAUCCGCAAGGCACUCAAUGCUCUUUCAACUGCUCUUGCCGUAACAACAACACAGCGUCUAGCACUACUGUUUCUAUUUUGUUUGUGACUGCGAAGGAUAUUUUCGCCACAAAGCCAUAUACCCACCCGUUACUUCUACCACCAUUGCUGUUGCCAUAACAUCGUUUAGAGCUAAUGUUGCCACAACUCAAAACGACAACUGCAAUUACUGAUGCUAUCUGUGUGAUUGCUGGCCAUAUCUCGACUCCCGAUAGCGUCUAAUAAUGCUGGUAUAUUUAAUGGUAAUGAUAAUGACGUCCGUAAUGGCCUUACUUUCCCCUUGUGUGAGUGGGGUUGGUGGGGUAGUGGAGCCUUGCGUGACCCAACCAACUCGUUAAGAGGCUAAUCUAAUGUCUCUGUUGCACACAAGUGUGCAUAAACACUGUAAGCGCGCAACACACACACUCUUGGUGGCACACGGACAGACACACACCGAAGGAUAUGCAGAGUGAGCCCUCACACACACACAUUCCAUGAAAACACACACUCUCUCACUUGGUUUUUAAAUAUGCAUAGUUAUGCAAUAACCACACACACACAAACUAACAUUCCCUAAACACUUAAUUGAAUAACACACUAACCCACCCCCCUCUCUCCCGCUCUUCUCUCCUGGUACUGCCUGAUGAAAGUGGGUGAAACUCGUUAAUGAGUAUGUCCUCGUUAAUCAAUGAAUCUGUAAUUAAGGAACAGAGAGGUGUCUGGGGUCUUGUUUUUGUUGGAUCAGCCAUUCACUCUAUGGUGACUCUAUGUCCUCUAUGGUGUUUCCCGCCCCUCUCCUUCCUCUCUACCUCGCUCUUGAAGAAUCUUCCCCUCCUCCUCUUACACCUUACGGAGUCUACACUCACCCCUGCUGAGCUCCUACAUGUCAAGACUGCUUUCAAGUCCUCCUUGAUAACCCAAUUGACCCCUUUUUUAUCUGUAUCUCUUCAUCUCUCUGCUCUCUCUUCCUCUUUCUUCGACUCCCCUCUGUCUUAUAUCUGUCGGCCUCUAUAUGUUCCUCUCGAUCUGUUGUUUUCUCUCUCUUUCUCUGUAUUUUCUUCCAUCUCGACCUAUCUCUCUUUCUAUCUUAUCUCUACUCUCUCUCUCUCUCUCUCUCUCUCUCUCUCUCGUCCUUCACCUCUCUUCGUCUAUCUCUCUCUCUUACCCCUUUCUCUAUCUUUCUUUAUUCUCUCUCUGAGGAGGAUCUCUCUCGAUCUCUCGCUGUCUCUCCUUCUCUGCUCUCUCUCUUUCUCCCCCCUUCUUCUCUCCUCUCUCUUUCUCCCUUCUCGUCCUAGCGAGCAAGGGGAUAGAGAGAGAGAGAGAGGGGAAUCUGAUACAUUUCUUCUGUUCUUCUCUCUCCCACAUCGACUUCUCUAUCGCUCUAUCUCUCUUAGGCUCUUUUCCUAUCUCUCUCUCUCUUCGCGGCUCUCUCUUCUCUCUCUCUCUCUCUUUCUCUCUCUCUCUCUCUCUCUCUAUCCUUUAGCUCCUUGUCUCUCUCUCUGUCUCUCUCUGUCUAACACCCCCCCCCCCCCCCUCCCCGCUUUCCCCCUAUCCAUCUCCCUCUCUCCUACAGAAAGCAGAUCUGGCGUAGCUGGGUUCACCAUCACCUCAGAGAGGGAGAAGGUCAUAGAUUUCUCCAAACCCUUCAUGUCUCUGGGCAUCAGCAUCCUGUAUAGAGUCCAUUUGGUAAGAUGACCACGGAGACCAAUCUAUUUAGUUAUGAUUUACCACUAUGGGUUAGGCACUGUCAUUGACUACAGAUUAUGUGUGCUGUACUAUGUUGGUGCUUUUCCACUGUGGGAGUUUUCACUGCUCUUCCCAAGUCCUUAGUGUCAGUCCUAGCUAUGAAAACGCAAUUUCCCCAGUAUAACACCAGAAGGCCAUGGAAAGCCUCAGGCUGGACCAGGGCUGCAGUGGAAAAUGCACACUUUUGUACAUUGUUCCCUAUAUGGCUUAGUUGUUACUACGUCGGGUAACACUUUAGUUGUGUGCCUAUAAACUGUUUAUAGACCAUUAAAAAAUGGUUUGGUAGUAAACUUUCUAUCAGCUGUGGAUGUAUUUACUAACAUUGGCGAGUACAGUACAUGUAUAAAUAAUUUCUUAUGAGGACACAUAAUCAUAUACAAGUCAAUACGAUGAAUAGGCUAUUUUCAAAAUAUAGCAUGAUGAUUAUAAGUAGUUCAUAAGCAGACCUUAAACUAAAGUGUCACCCAACCGUAUUCAUCCAAAAAGCAAUUAUCAUAUAUGGACAACAAACAAGCCACAUUACUCUGUAGCAGGGUUUCAUUUAGACAGUGGUUUGAAGUACUUAAGUAAAAAUACUUUAAAGUACUACUUAAGUAGUUUUUUGGGGUAUCUGUACUUUACUUUACUAUUUAUAUUUUUGACUACUUUUACUUUUACUUCACUACAUUCCUAAAGACAAUUAUGUACUUUUUACUCCAUACAAUUUUCCUGACACCCAAAAGUACAUUUUACAUUUUGAAUGCUUAGCAGGACAGGAAAAUGGUCCAAUUCACGCACUUAUCAAGAGAACAUCCCAAGAGAAUGGUGCCAUCUGGUUUGCUUAAUAUAAGGAAUUUUAAAAUAUUUAUAAUUUUACUUUUACAUUUUAGCGAUUACAUUUACUUUUGAUACUUAAAUAUAUUUAAAACCAAAUACUUUUAGACUUUUACUCAAGUAGUAUUUUACUGGGUGACUUUCACUUUUACUUGAGUCAUUUUCUAUUAAGGUAUCUUUACUUUAACUAAAGUAUGAGUUGGUUACUUUUUCCACCACUGCAUUUAGAUUAUGGUUUUUAAUAUUUAACAGAAUAUGCAAAUCGAGGAUGCAACAAUGUGCGGUUCCUUCUUACCGAAUUCUGAUGGACACUUUGAAGAUUUUAGAAUAACUGUCCACAUUUACUUUUCCUCAGCCAACAAGACCAGUAACAAGCAUCAAAAUCCCUAGCCUAUGUAAAUCUACUAUCCCCCAUAGUAGAAAAAUUGACCUAUUCUAUUGGUCAGUUGGUCGAGAAAGAAAUAGCCUAUUCCAAACAGACUCUGGGACGGUUGUGGGAUGAUAGCUCCCAAAUUCAUCCAACCAGUAGGGCUAGGCUACAUAAAAAACGUAGGAAAGCAAUGAGUCUGAUGCAACAGAUCAGAACGUUUAGCUUAAAAUGUUGAUAAACGAUUAUUUCUUCACAUUAUAAGCGCAGCAAUGCCCACAAGGCAGUAGACUACGUGCCCAUGUUUGUUCCAUAAUGCAAUUAGCGGGAAAACACCGUUGUCAAAAGGGCACGGCACAUGCAAGUGGUUUCUUGUGACAAAGAUGAAAAUAUCCGUUAGAAAUUUAGAAAGAGAGGAGAUCUAAUAUGCUACUUUGAAGCAAGGUAAGACAUGCCUAAUAAUAUGUAUUAAAACGUUCAGGUUUCAAACAAUUAAGUAUUCGUUUUCAAAAUGCAGCUGCCUCCAGCUCAUUGCAAAGUGGUGUGUGACACGCUGAUGAUGCAAGCCUGCCUUCCGUUGCCUUUUGACUAGCAUCUCUUGCACUGUCUGACAGAUUUUCAGCUCAAAGGCUCUGUAUCUGUAUGCUGUAAGCAAGCGUGUGUUAAAUAAGAUACAUUGCAUUCGGAAAGUAUUCAGACCCCUUGACUUUAUCUACAUUUUGUUUUGUUACAGCCUUAUUCUAAAAUUGAUUAAAUUACUUUUUCCCCUCAUCAAUCUACACACAAUACCCCAUAAUGACAAAGCAAAAACAUGUUUUUAGAAUUUUUUGCUUAUUUCUUGAAAAUAAAAAACACCUUAUUUACAUAAGUAUUCAGACCCUUUGCUAUUAGACUCGAAAUUGAGCUCAGGUGCAUCCUGUUUCCAACGAUCAUCCUUGAGAUGUUUCUACAACUUGAUUGGAGUCCACCUGUGGUAAAUUCAAUUGAUUGUACAUGAUUUGGAAAGGCACACACCUGUCUAUAUAAGGUCCCACAGUUGACAGUGCAUGUCAGAGCAAAAACCAAGCCAUGAGGUCGAAGGAAUUGUCCGUAGAGCUCCAAGACAGGAUUGUGUCGAGGCACAGAUCUGGGGAAGGGUACCAAACAAUGUCUGCAGCAUUGAAGGUCCCCAAGAACACAGUGGCCUCUAUCAUUCUUAAAUGGGAGAAGUUUGGAACCACUAAGACUCUUCCUAGAGCUGGCCGCCCGGCCAACCUGAGCAAUUGAGGGAGAAGGGCCUUGGUCAGGGAGGUGACCAAGAACCUGAUGGUCACUCUGACAGAGCUCUAGAGUUCCUCAGUGGAGAUGGGAGAACCUUCCAGAAGGACAACCAUUUCUGCAGCACUCCACCAAUCAGGCCUUUAUGGUAGAGUGGCCAGACGGAAGACACUCCUCAGUAAAAGGCACAUGACAGCCCGCUUGGAGUUUGCCAAAAGGCACCUAAAGGACUCUCGUACCAUGAGAAACAAGAUGAUCUGGUCUGAUGAAACCAAGAUUUAACUCUUUGGCCUGAAUGCCAAGCGUCACGUCUGGAGGAAACCAGGCACCAUCUCUACGGUGAAUCAUGGUGGUGGUGGCAGUAUCAUGCUGUGGGGAUGUUUUUCAGUGGUAGGGACUGGGAGACUAGUCAGGACCGAGGGAAAGAUUAAUGGAGCAAAGUACAGAGAGAUCCUUGAUGAAAACCUGCUCCAGAGUGCUCAGGACCUCAAAUUGGGGUGAAGGUUCACCUUCCAACAGGACAACGACCCUAAGCACACAGCCAAGACAACGUAGGAGUGGCUUCGGGACAAAGUCUCUGAAUGUCCUUGAGUGGCCCAGCCAGAGCCCAGACUUGAACCCGAUCUAAUAUCUCUGGAGAGACCUGAAAAUAGCUGUGCGGCGACGCUCCCCAUCCAACCUGAUAGAGCUUGAGAGGAUCUGCAGAGAAGAAUGGGAGAAACUCCCCAAAUACAGGUGUGCCAAGCUUGUAGCGUCAUACCCAAGAAGACUCAAGGCUGUAAUCGCUGCCAAAGGUGCUUCAACAAAGUACUGAGUAAAGGGUCUAAAUACUUAUGUAAAUGUUAUAUUUCCAUUUUCUUUUCUUUUUUUACAGUUUUUUUGUGUUUUUGUUUUUUACUGUUUUUGCUUUGUCAUUAUGGGGUAUUGUGUGUAGAUUGAUGAGGGGAAAAAACGAUUUUAUAAAUUUUUAGAAUAAGGCUGUAACCUAACAAAAUGUGGAAAAAGUCAAGGUGUCUGAAUACUUUCCGAAUGAGCCAAUUUAAUUCCACAAAAUUAUGCAAAUGAACUUAUAGACCAAUAAGCAUGCCCAGUCAAAUGCAUUUCCAUCAACUGGUAUUUCCUUCAAAGAAUAGGCUAAAAAGCAUUAUUUUGCAAUGGGAUUUUUUCUUCUUCUCCUGGACAAUUGGACAGCAGCGAUUUUAUUUUUAGGCUUUUCUAUUUUUUUAUAGGCCAAAAGCCGGCUAUUACUGGCUAACGGAAACCCUGCUCUGUAGUCAAGUAUAUUCCAUCCCCCAAGGGUUUACAGAGAAUACAGGAAAACCAUUAUCAAUUUAAUUACUCAAGCUGUCCUCUGUCGUAUUCAUUAGGCACCAAAUGGAAGAAAACGGACUGAAACAGGGAGGGACUACCUGAACCUGUCCAAUAAGAAACACUUGUUUUCAUUUUCUAUUGCUACAUUGUGCCCUAAUGGAUAUGGUCCUGUACUCACAUUGCCCAGUCUGUAAUGAAAUCAAUGCCAUUACCUUGUCCACUUGUGUUUGAAAUCUGAAGUGCACCAUCUGGUAUUGAUCCUCAUUAACACCAUCUUUGUCUUCGUCCUCCAAUCAGGGACGGAAGCCAGGUUAUUUCUCCUUCCUGGACCCGUUCUCUCCAGCCGUGUGGCUCUUCAUGCUGCUGGCCUACCUGGCUGUCAGCUGUGUGCUCUUUCUAGCCGCCAGGUAACUAAUUAUGCCACCUAGUGGGCUGGGGGGACACCUCAACUUGCAUACACUCUAGAUAGAAUAGACUGGGACCAGGUUAUACAGAGGUCGCAUCACAUAUCUAAUGUGGCUCUAAGUCUCCUUUCCCUCAUCUACUUAUGUAAUAGAGAGGAGUGAAAGGCAAUUUUGGGAAUCCUUAUUCACUCAUUUAGACAUGAUGAGAUGAUGUAUAAAUCAUGUGUUGAAGAUUAAAUAGUCCACCUCUCUCUCUUUGUCCACCUCCCAGGUUGAGUCCGUAUGAGUGGUACAACCCCCACCCAUGUCUGAUGGGGCGCAAGGACAUGCUGGAGAACCAGUACACCCUGGGCAACAGCCUGUGGUUCCCCGUGGGAGGCUUCAUGCAGCAGGGCUCUGAGAUCAUGCCCCGCGCCCUGUCCACACGCUGCGUCUCCGGGGUCUGGUGAGUGUGUAUGGGGUGUGUGGGAGGGUGGGUUGGGGGGGGGGGGGGGGGUGCACGUGCGCGUGUGUGUCUAGCUACAGUAUCAACCUCUGUAUUCCUUCCUCCUCCCCUCCUCCACUUUACUCUUUACUCUUUUCCCAAAGAUACUGUUCAUCAGAUCAACCAGAUGGCAGUCAUAUACUGAUGGGAAUUAUAUUAUACCGCAUUAUACAAUGGGUGGGUCUAAUCCUGGAUGCUGAUUGGUUAAAACUGCAUUCCAGCCGGUGUCUAUUACACAAGUUACCACCGGCUAAAUCUAUGACGUUGAAAUGCCUAUUUACUCUGUUCCAUCUGACUGCACAAUCCACUGUCUCAUCAGCCCAGCCAGGCAAUUCAUAUACUAUAUCUACACUGUAAAAAGCAUCUAGACAUUAUCUCCCAUUGGUAAUAACCUUGAUGUUAUAACCUAAUCAUGCUAAUAUAUAUUCCAAACACAGGCUUCUCGGGCAUUAUCACUUAAGUACACUCUUAGAAAAAAGGGUUCCAAAAGGGUUCUUCGGCUGUCCCCAUAGGAGAACACUUUUUGGUUCCAGGUAGAACCUUUUUGGGUUCCAGGUAGAACCCUUUUGGGUUCCAUGUAGAACCCUCUGUGGAAAGGGUUCUACACAGAACACAAAAUAGUUCUACCUGGAACCAAAAAGGGUUCUUCAAAAGGUUCUCCUAUGGGGACAGCAGAAUAACACAUUUUUUCUAAAAGUGUAUUUCACCAAACCUCACCACUUUUUACUCUAGUUAGUUAGCUCCAUUAACUCUAAAUUGUCUGUCACGCCCUGGCUCUGGGGACUCUGUUAUGUUGAGCCAGGGUGUGUAGAGUCUAUGUUUUGUGUUUCUAUGUUCAGGAUCUAGUUCAUUGUGUUUCUAUGUUGGCUGGGGUGGUUCUCAAUCAGAGGCAACGAGAAUCAGCUGUUGCUUGUUGUCUCUGAUUGGGACCCAUACUUAGGCAGCCGUUUGGGCAUUUGUGUUGGUGGGAUCUUGUUCCGUGUUGGUUUGUGUAUGAACCCAAGGACUUCACGUAUCGUUUUGUUGUUUUUGUUCGUGUGGUGAAUAAUAAUAAAAGAUGUUCGCAUUCCACGCUGCGCAUUGGUCCACUCCUUUUGAUGAUCGUGACAGAAGAUCCCACCAUAACAGGACCAAGCAGCGUGUCCAGGAGCAGACAGCCUGGACUUGGGAGGAGAUAUUGGACGGGAAAGGGUCCUGGACUUGGGAGGAGAUCCAGGCCGGUAUGGAUCGCCGUCCUUGGGAGGAGACGGUGGAGGCGCGCCGUAGAGAGGAGCAGCGGCGCCAACCGGGCCGACGUCGGACACGCAAGAGGCAACCCCAAGAAAUGUUUAGAGGGGGGCACACGGCAUGGACGACGGGGCUGCUGGAGGCAGCUACAGGGUGAGUUUGGGGAUUAGGAGAGGAGGCCACCGGGUUUGGGGGGCCGGAAGGGAGGUUGGCGGAGCCUAGAGGUAGAGCAGAGCCAACUCCCCGUACUCAGGCUAGGCAGCGUGAGACUGGGCAGGUUCCGAGAUAUGCGGAGCUGCGUACUGUACCGCGAGUGGUCCGGCACAGUCCGGUACGUCCUGUGCGAGCACCACACACGUGUCGUGCUAAGGUGGGCAUGCAGCCAGGACGGAGUGUGCCGGCUCAACGCUCGUGGCCUCCAGUACCCCUCCUCGGUCCCGGAUAUCCUGCGCCAGUGUCACGUGCUGUUGUGCCACGUGUACACAGCCCUGUACGUCCUGUGCUGAUGCCUCACACAGAGUGUGUUAGGAUAGGCAUUCAGCCAGGACGGGUUGUGUCAGCUCUUCGCUCCAGACCUCCAGUCCGUCUCCACAGCCCGGUCCGGCCUGUUCCUGCCCCUCGCACCAAGCCAAUGGUGCACGUCGCCAGCCCGGUCCGGCCUGUUCCUGCCCCUCGCACCAAGCCAAUGGUGCGCGUCGCCAGCCCGGCCUGGCCUGUUCCUGCUCCCCGCACCAAGCCAAUGGUGCGCGUUGCCAGCCCGGCCCGGCCUGUUCCUGCUCCCCGCACCAAGCCUAUGGUGCGCGUCGCCAGCCCGGCCUGUACCUGCUCCCCGCACCAAGCCUAUGGUGCGUGUCGCCAGCCCGGCCCGGCCUGUUCCUGCUCCCCACACCAAGCCAAUGGUGCGCGUCGCCAGCCCGGCCCGGCCUGUUCCUGCUCCCCGCACCAAGCCAAUGGUGCGCGUCGCCAGCCCGGCCUGUUCCUGCUCCCCGCACCAAGCCUAUGGUGCGCGUCGCCAGCCCGGUCCAGCCCGUUCCUGCUCCCCGCACCAAGCCAGGGGUGCGCGUCGUCAGCCCGGUCCGGCCCAUUCCUGCUUCCCGCACCAAGCCUGGGGUGCGUGUCGUCACCGGCGCGUCGUCACCGGUUCAUCGAUGCCUGGUCAGGUACCGGUCAGCUGCUCCACACCGGAGCCUAAGCAAUCCGCUCCACCGAUGUCCAGUCCAGCUCCAGCCAGCGGAGCCAGACCAGACCAGGGGCACUACGGGGGGGUUAUUAGAGGGUGGUGGUCACGCCCGGAGCCGGAUCCGCCUCCGAGGAGGAAUGCCCACCCGGCCCUCCCCUGUUCGGUUUAUGUUUGGCGCGGUCGCAGUCCGCGCCUUGGGGGGGGGGGGGGUACUGUCACGCCCUGGCUCUGGGACUCUGUUAUGUUGAGCCAGGGUGUGUAGAGUCUAUGUUUUGUGUUUCUAUGUUCAGGAUCUAGUUGAUGUGUUUCUAUGUUGGCCGGGGUGGUUCUCAAUCAGAGGCAACGUGAAUCAGCUGUUGCUUGUUGUCUCUGAUUGGGAACCAUACUUAGGCAGCCGUUUGGGCAUUUGUGUUGGUGGGAUCUUGUUCCGUGUUGGUUUGUGUAUGUACCCAAGGACUUCACGUAUCGUUUUGUUGUUUUUGUUCGUGUGGUGAAUAAUAAUAAAAGAUGUUCGCAUUCCACGCUGCGCAUUGGUCCACUCCUUUUGACGAUCGUGACAUUGUCUUGAUACUGCAAUGCACUGUUCAGAAUAAAACUGUGUUCAACCUAAAGGUUAAAGUAGUACAAUAAGUUCGUUUUUUUGAUAAUUAUGUAGAUGCUCAGACAAUCAACAAACGUUCCAUUAGAUCAGUGCUUUCAACUGGAACUUUUGACAUGAAAACAUGAAUCAGACAGCACUCUGUGAAUGGAAAGAUUUCAACGAUUUGACAUUUGACCUUUACAAUGAUUCAGAACAAGAGCAAAACUUUGAGGUGUAAUACAAUGGGGUGGUAUACUGGACACAGAUGAAGACCAUUUCUGGACAAGGGUUUCAAAAUUCUGGUAACUUACCCAAUUUUCCUAGGUUUUUCAGAAAUCCUGGGUGGAAGAUUCCAAGAAUCAGUCGGGAAUAAGGAGUGAAUAAGCAGGAAAUGCAACCAUGAUUUCUCGAAAACCUGCGAAUUUUGAGAAAGCUACCGUAAUUCUGCCACACUAUUCUGGACUAACAACUGAGACCAUACAGGCUUUUUAGCCCAGGAGUAGGCUUAACUUUUCCAUAGUGUAACUUGUAAUAAUAUGCCUGUCCUCUGUCCCUCCCUCCCAGGUGGGCGUUCACUCUAAUCAUCAUCUCCUCCUACACGGCCAACCUGGCAGCUUUCCUUACAGUUCAGAGGAUGGAGGUGCCCAUCGAGUCGCCUGACGACCUGGCUGACCAGACCAACAUCCAGUACGGGACCAUACAAGGAGGCUCCACCAUGACCUUCUUUAUGGUAGGGAUUGUGUGUGUAUGUGGGCGCCCCCAACCCCCCCCCCUUUCAAAAUGCAAAAUUCUCUUAGCCUCAUUGCAAAAUGUGAAGAAUAGCAUAAUAUUAGUUAUAAAACUGCAUUUUUUCUCUCUGCCCCAUUGCGAUAUGUGUAGAAUUGCAGGAAGUGUGUGUGUGUGUGUGUGUGUGAGAGAGGUGCAGGAAAGAUGGGGGUUCAUGUGUAUUUGGUGGGGGUACGUGUGUUUGUGACGCACUGGUAUCACAAAACGUUUGGACUUUUCCCCUUCUUUUUUUGCCAUGGCAACCUUCAACACACAUAUAAACAGAACUCCCGCUACCAGACGUACCAGCGCAUGUGGAACUACAUGCAUUCCAAGCAGCCCAGUGUGUUUGUGAAGAGCACGGAAGAAGGCAUCGCCCGCGUGGUCAACUCUAAAUACGCCUUCCUGCUGGAGAGCACCAUGAACGAGUACCACCGCCGCCUCAACUGUAACCUCACCCAAAUAGGAGGUCUGCUCGACACCAAGGGCUACGGCAUCGGCAUGCCCCUGGGUGAGUGGAGAGGGAGUGUGGUGGGGGGGGGGAGAAUGAGGGAAGGAGAGAGGGAUGGGGUAGAUCUUGGUGUCUUGUGGUCCUCUGUAGCUCAGCUGGUAGAGCACGGCGCUUGUAACGCCAAGGUAGUGGGUUCGAUCCCCGGGACCACCCAUACACAAAAAUGUAUGCACGCAUGACUGUAAGUCGCUUUGGAUAAAAGCGUCUGCGAAAUGGCAUAUUAUAUUAUUAUAUUAUAGAUCUGGGAGAGAGAGAGUAUUUCACCCAGAUAGAAGGCAUGCUGGACUCCAAGGGCUACGACCCAAACCACCAAGAGCUCUCAUCUUAUUUGAUGCAAUUCCAUCUAAUUUACCAUGUUAUUACACCUUGACUUUAUCCCCGCUGUCUCAUUUCAUUUUGAUGAUCAAAUGUAACCUUGCAUGUUCUUGCUGGAGGCCCACUUUAAUAUCAAACCCACAUGGCCCAGAUUGAAUCCUGGCUACAUAUUAUAGCCUUGGGGCAAAUGACCAGACAGGUCACUCUGUUUUAGCCUCCCACCAUAUCCCUCAUCUCUUUCAUCUGUUAAGCCCUCUAAACCAUCAUCAAAGAAUUCCAAUCCAUAGAAAAUAAUUUUUUCCCCCAAGAAUUCCCAGAAUUUCCAAACAUCAAAGUAGGCCUCAAAGAUAUUCCAUUUCGCUCAAGGACUGACCAGGGAUACAUUUUUCCUCUUUCUUUUAUCAACAUGCCUUUAAGUUGCCCUCCAGCCCAAAGGUCAGAAAUAACACACAUCUCAUCACCUACCGUCGCCAUGGCUACGGUUAAUUUUUCCUCUGCAACCUUGAUGUUACACAAGCAGGUGGUUCUCAACAAUAGACUCAAGGACAGACUUGGAUCCUUUUUUUAAAUAUAUAUAUAUAUAUAUAUAUAUAUAUAUGUCUUUACUCCAGCUAUGUGUGAACUCUUUCGCCUUCCCUAUUAGCCAGGCGGGGAAUUGGGGUGGAACGCUUUGGAACAGAGGUCCCAAAGUCAAAAUCUCAAGGGGAACAUUUUGACAUUUAACAUUUCGUUAGCUUUGUUAGCAGAGAUCCAUCUGUGAAGUUCCCAGAGUGAUUUCCCCAGGUUCCACCCCAGCUAACUAGCCUAUUACUGCAUAUUAACAGUAUAUCUGGCUGGCCUACCUUACAACCUCCUACUUACAUAAUUGGUUUUUGCUGCAUUGACACAACAGCAUGGAUGCCAUCUUCUAAGGUUACAGUUGGCUCACAUGUAGUGCAGAGUUCCAAUUAUACAAAUGUCUCUCUCUCUCUCUCUCUCACUCACCCCCUCCCUCACUUUCUUUCUCCAUCACCCUGCUCUCUACUUCUUUGUUAAGCCCUCUUUACUCCCAAUCCUCUUUUGCUUCCUCGCUCCUUCUUGAUUCGAUUUGAUUCAAUUCAAUGAACUUUAUUGUCACGAUAAGUCACUAUCUUUUAUUGCCAAGCAAGGACACAGGAAGUUAAAUCAAUAAUGAGGACAUGGUGAUACACAAUUAAUAGUAAAUACAAUUAACAAUACAGUAAUAUUGUUCUCUCUCUCUUUCUCUCCUUCUCUCCCUUCUUCCUCAUCUGUCUGUUUCUCUCUCUCCCUCUCUCAAUUCCUCCCACUCUGUAACUCUCUCUCUCUCCCUCCCUCCCGCCCUCUCUCGCUUUCUCUCUCCCUCCCACCCUCUAUCUCUCUCCACCUCUUCCCCAGGCUCACCGUUUAAAGAGGAGAUCACUCUGGGAGUGUUGCAGCUGGCAGAGAACAACAGGCUGGAGAUCCUGAAGAGGAGGUGGUGGGAGGGGGGGCAGUGCCCCAAGGAGGAGGACCACCGAGCCAAGGGUAGUUACAGCAUCACCUGUGCCAGUAGUUUUUAUUUGAUUUAACCUUUAUUUAACCAGGAAGUCCCAUUGAGGUCAGAAGACUUCUUUCGCAAGGGAGACGUGUCAAAGUACCAGCGCUAAUGAUCAGGGGCCCUAUGUAUUAAGCGUUUCAGAGUAGGUCUGCUCAUCUAGGGUCAGUUUUUCCUUUUUGAUCAUAAACAAUAAGAUGACAUGGACAGGGAGCACCUGAUCCUAGAUCAGCACUGCUACUCUGAGACGCUUGAUACAUACGGCUAGUGGUCUCCAAUGAAACACUUGGGGGGGAAGUAGGACACUAACCCUCACACACCCUCACAACCCAGCAUUAUUAUUCAUACUUGAAUUAGGCUAAUAAAUACACAACAUUUCCAUCCAGGAAGGGAUCUCCGUCAGGUCCUAGUGUUGGAGGUGCUCUAAAACAUUUAUAAUGACACCCGCAUUCAUCUUUUUAAUGAGCGCCCAGCACUCCCAGCAACCAUCAUUUAAACUUUGCCAUUAGAAUCUAUACUAAUUGCUGAGAUAAUGUUCAUUUGUUCCAAACCAGCUCCUAUGCAGUCACAUUAGAAUGCACACUAUGUACAAAAUACAAUUUGUACACAAUACAAUGUGAACAUUUCCUCAAGUAGUAGUAAGCACUUGUUUCUUAGAUAAAGUCAAUGUUUUUUGGUGUCACGGAAGAGUGGACACAAGUGAAUUUGUAAAUGUAGCCCAUUCUAUUCCCAUCGCAAUGUCUCACAGUUGGAAAUUCCAUUUGUUAGAUAUGUGUGUACUUGAUCUAAUUGUGAUUAUGUGUGUGUGAAUAUGUCGGGUUUAUUUUGCCUCAACUUUAAAGAUGGAAUCCGAUGUAGGGGGAAACGGCGUCACUGUCCACCUCACCACCGUUAUUAUUGUUUUUGUUUUGUUGACGAAGCAGAGGUGACGAGCCUAGCGCAACGUGGUAAAAAAAUAAAGUGCUGUACAUAAUCGCCUAUUCUAUCACGCAUGCAAUGAUAUCUGAGGGGGAAAAAACAGUGUUCGUUGUUUGCAAUAACUUCUUUGCUGUUGUAAUAUCGCAAACGGACUUGGCAUUAAGAACAAACCAAAUUUGGAAGAUGUAUUUAAUUAGUGUUAUGAUUACUGCUUUUUACCAGGGGGAUAUCAGUGUCUACAUUGUGUGUGUGUUUGUGUGUGUGUGUGUGUGUGUGUGUGAGAGCAUAUAAUAAAAAAACAUAUUUUCCUUGCCUGUGUGGUAGACAUUUCCCCUUUUCCGAAAUAUUUCUUAUUUUCAUUUCUGCAGUUUCAUUUUGACAUCUGCAACCCUUUCUCCCAUAAAAAAUGCUUAGAUAGCUACAAGCAACAGACUGGACGAUACAGAAGAAGACAUAGCACGCUAUAUGUUGUUUGUGUGUUGCACCGUAGGCAGCCUACAAUAAGACAGAGUGCAUCCCAAAUGGCGCCCUAUUCCCUAUAUAGUGCACUACUUUCAACCAGAUGGCCGAUGGGUCAAAAGUAUUGCACUAUAUAGUGAAUAGGGCACCAUUUGGGACGCAGACACAGUGGUACGAGUUUAUAUUGAGUCAUCCAUGGGAUAAAUAAGGGCCCUCAGGUUAAAACAGUGAGACUUGAGCCUUUGUCUGAAACACUCGACAUAACAAGGGUACUUGCUCAGAGCAUCCUUAUGAGACAUUUUGAAGAUAAGAAACAUAAAACCUUCAUGUUGAAUAUUCUGUCUGAAAAAUAGAACAGGAAAAGCCAAAGGUGACUCUUGUGGUUGCUUAUUAAGUCAAUUAAUGCAGACGUGUUGAAUUGCACACACACACACACACACCACUCUCUGUGGGGACAUUAUGCUGCAAGGUUCCCCCUUAGGCUUUGAAUAGAGAGUAUUAGAGGGAGCUGAUGAUCCUGUGGAGGCUUCUUUGUGCACAUUUGCCUGUGCUUCCCCUAUGUGUGUGCCAGUGUAUGUGCCUACACACAGCCCUACCAUUGCCCCUCUAUCGGUGUGUUAGAACUGCGUGUAUAAUGCAUCCGUUCCUCCCCAGGUCUGGGCAUGGAGAACAUCGGGGGUAUUUUCGUGGUGUUGAUCUGUGGCCUCAUCAUCGCCGUGUUCGUGGCCAUCAUGGAGUUUGUUUGGUCCAACCGCCGCUCGGCAGAGACAGACGAGGUACGCCCUCACUCCUGCCCCGGCCGAAACCACAGAAAGCCUCCAGUAGGUUACUAUGGCAACACACCUCCCGGGUGUUGUGCUUUGGCGUCGUCGUGUUGAUGUGUAAAUGGCUGCAAGCAAACAGAGGGUGAUGGUCGAUGUCUGCGUUUCAUUUUUUACAUUUUAGUCAUUUAGCAGACGCUCUUAUCCAGAGCGACUUACAGUUAGUGCAUACAUUGUAUUUAUUUUUUAUUUUUUCAUACUGGCCCCCCGUGGGAAGCGAACCCACAACCCUGGCGUUGCAAGCGCCAUGGGGCCUGUGUAGCUUUCUUUUCCACUUGUUUUUCUCUCUAGGCCGUCUGUGAUUCAGUACUCUCUCCCCAUGUCUUUCGUUCUCUAUCCCUCACUCCUCUCUCUCUCUCUCUCUCUGUGUUUGUCAUUGUUAUUCCGCCCGCUAGUCCUUUGUGUCGUUUUUAUUUCAUUGGCGUCUGGGUAAAAUGCUGUUUGUGACUUUCCUGCUUUAUCUCCGCUUGCUGCUUUGUUUGUUUUUGUGGUUCCCGUUUCAGUUGUCUCCCUCUCUCCAUCUUUAUCUUCAUUCUCUAUUUGAGAUCCUUUUGAAUAUGUGUCAGUGUCACUGGAGGUAGCUACUCAUGAGUCAUAUUUCCAUUGCCCAGAGGUCACACUGCAUUUGAACAGUGCAACAGGUUUAGUUAACCUCAGACGAUUUCUCUCUCUCUUUCGUUCUCUCUUUCGUUCUGCUCUACCACAUUCACACUAUCAUCCCCUUUUCUCUCUAUCUCCCUAUCCCUCCUCUCCAUCUCUCUGUCGCUCUCUCUCUUUCCUCUCUCUAACACUUCUCUUCUCUCUCUCCUAGGUGUCAGUGUGUCAGGAGAUGAUGACCGAGUUCUGCAACGCCAUCUCCUGUAAGAAGAGCUCACGCUCUCGGCGGCGUCGGCCCUUGGCCAGCACUGGUGGCGUCCUGCGCCACCCCACCCGCCUCCAGCUGGGUGUCCCAAGACCCAUCCGCCUAGUCCGCGAGAUGCGCCUCAGCAACGGCAAGCUCUACAGUGGCUCGGGCCCCCUGACGGGCGGAGGUGGAGCAGUAGGGGGGGCGUGCGGUGCCGUAGGGGGCGGGGCCUCAGACAUGGGCUCGGGGCCACCACGCCUCCUGGAGGACCAUCUGGGCGCCAACACUACGCCGCCCCCUCCCCCGCCCGCCGCUGCCACGGCGCCACCCUCCCGGAGCUGUGCCCACGUGCGGAUCUGCCAGGAGUGCCGGCGCAUCCAGAACCUGAGGUCUGCAUCGUCUUGCUCACGCAUCCCGCCCCACCUCGGCCCACACUCUUCCCUGUCCCUGCCCCGCCUCCCGCCACCCCCGCCCCCCUCCUCCACCAACACCGACAGCGAGGGUGGCGGCUGCGGCACAGUGAGCCCCAGGAGGCCCAAACCUAAGCCUACACCCCCUCCGCGGCCCUUACCCCCGGCCAAGACGCCCACCACAGACCUGCUGCUCGGGAAACAAGACUGAGGAGGGACGGAGGGGUCAGACAUGUGACAAGAGUCCAGGGUUAAAAGUCGAAGGUCAGGGUAUUUACAGAGAAACGCGUAGGAACAAGGAGCGGAGGGGGCUGUGAGCUUGUAGUGUAUUGAUACGUCAGGAUCAAACCACACUGACCCGUUUGAGGGGGUGGCAAAGGGUUUAUUCUCCAGAUACCAACACAGUCGUCUUAAACCAGGAGUCCUGCUAAAACAGGAGACUGGUUCAAACUGGACUAGAUGGUAUAUUCAGACACUGAGAGACAUCAGGAGAGGCCCUCUUGUUGCUCCCUCGCUGGUCUAUGCUCUUCUGCCACAGCUCCAAGUCUGUAGAGAGAUGGGCAUGCUAAACCAACCGAUGGUCUCCACUUUGAUGUGCUAUGCCACAGGCUGUCUAUGGAGUAGAAAAUGGCUUUUGACCACACAUGACCGUUAGCUGCCUACGGUGCAUUGAGAGACCAUGUGGUGACCGUUCCACAGUAUGCAUAGGUGUGUUCAAGCUGCCCGGUUUGGCUUUUGACCCCUCUCUCUUUCACUGGGAUCUGGUGGGAAGACUUGACCUAUCCCACAAGCGCCGGAGAGGUUCAGGGGACCAUAGAAACUUCACACACAGACACACGUACACAGAAACUCUUGCGCUUAGAGAAGUUGGUUCUCGCAAGAAGAUGCAUCUUUUUUCCCAGAGCUGCUGUAAGAGAUUGAACUUUGGAAUUCUGGGACGUGUAAAACCAGAGGAUUAAAAAAAAAAGAUUUUGUGUUCUCGAUUUGCUUUCUCUCAGAGUUUAACUCGCCUAAUUUAUUUUCUAUCUUUCUUUCUUUCGUUAUAUAUUUUUAUUGUCGACAUUGGUUUCUUGGUCACUGUGCAGUUAUUCACUCAUGUUUUUGGUUUGUCAUUAAAGAUCCUCGAGAAGCCAAUGUGGAGAUCAUGACCAAAUGAGGUCACUUUCCCACCAAUCACAAGCCCGGGAACAAAGUUCAAAGGUCAAUAGUCAACCGAGGCCAUCUCUGAAACAUAUAUUGACAGUACACCCCAGAUCAAAUGACUCAAUAUUACAGUCCAUGUUGGCAGGUUACAGUAGCAGUGUGUGACUUUGCUUUCCACUGAACAACAAGCCUGUUUUGCCACAGAGAUUUAACGACAGAGUUAGUGUAUCGGUGCCCCAUCACAUUACAGAGCAACAGAGCCACAGAGCACAGUUUAACAGCACGAUACGUUGUGAAUCCUUCAAACAGAUCAGAAUUUAAGAAACUGGAUAUAAAGAGCAAGGUUAAGGGAAUGACAAAAGAGACAAAAUGAUGAUUAUAUAUAGUUAUACAAAGCAGAACAGGAGAAAUGUAAUGCACAGUUCUGUCUGGCCAAUGUUAAGAGGAAACCUGUGUUAAUGUGUGUUCUGUGUGAUUCAUAUGGGUGUCAUAAGUUUGUGUGUGUGAGUGCGUACGUACAGAGGAAAGGAUGGGUCAGAGUGCUUUUCAUUUUAAUUUUUUAUUUCUAUACCAGUGCUAAAUUUAUUAUUUAAGCAAUAAGGCCCGAGGGGGUGUGGUAUAUGGCCAAUAUACCACGGCUAAGGGCUGUUCUUAUGGACGACACAACGAGUGCCUGGAUGCAGCCAUUAGCCAUGGAAUAUUGGCCAUAUACCACAAACCACUGAGGUGCCUUAUUGCUAUUAUAAACUGGUUACCAACGUAAUUAGAGCAGUAAAAAUAAAUGUUUUGUCAUACCCAUGGUAUACGAUCUGAUAUACCACGGCUGUCAGCCAAUCAGAAUUCAGGGCUCGAACCACCCAGUUUAUAAUAAGAAAAUUAUGACAAAUGUAUAUUAUUAUGAUUAUAUUGUUAUUAUCAUUACUAUUGAAGUGUGGGGUACUGUGGGAGGGUCGCAGCCCUCUUAUGUUAAAUAUAUAGACACACAAAGUUAUUUGGAAUAAAAAACUGUAUACAAACUUCUGAAUCUGGUGUCUUUGCAUAUGUCCGUGCCUAUGUGUGCAUGGACAUACAAGUGAUUUCAAAUCGCAAAGUUACCAGUUCCUGCUAUCUCUAGUUGUGUCGUUGGUGGUCUGUCACACAGGAUGUUGGGCACUGCACUGGCACUAUCCCACAAGUCCCGAAGAUGUUCAGGGGACACACAUACACACACACGCACACACACACAGAAAGACUGUAACUGAACUAUUGUACUACCUUACUACAGUGCUUAUUAAAAGUAUUAUGAACUUAAUAACUUAAUUAUGAACUAUUUAGAACAUAGACACUAAAGUAUUUGGAAUAAAAACAACUAUAGACAAAGUACUAUAUUUGUUUUUGUGUGCAAAAAUAUUUUUAUUUGGGAUAGAAAGAUUUGAUAGAUUUUCACUGUCCAACAUCCCUUUGUCAACCUUCAACUUCUCUUACCACAGCCACAAUCUCGCACAGUAUGAGGUCAAUACUAAUCUGACACAGGAUCAGCUAACAGUGUAAUACAUCCCCGAGCUCACUAGGGUGAGUAUGUUAUGCUAACCUCUGCCACAGGGUGUCAGUAUAGUCAAGGCCUAGAGGCAAACAGGGAAAUGCACUCUAUAUGUAAACGUGUUCUUUAUUCACCUGACUGGUUAAAGGGGCAACCGACAGUUAAAACAAUAACAAAGCAUACUGUUUCAGGAAAAAACUGAGGGAUGGGGCUGGAGAAAUGUGACCACUCUCAAAUUCAUAGACAGGCUACGGAUGCAAGGACUGACCAUCCAUGAUAUCAAAAGUAUAGUUUUAACCAUGUCUUGAGGCUAUACAGUGUUUGUGAACACUUACUUUGUUUACAAACAUUGGAGUGAAACAAGCUUGUAUUUGGGGUUCUGAUGUGGUACGACAGUUUAGAUAAGCUCAUGAGGCAUUUAUAAGUUAUAUUCUUCAAGAAUAAAUGGGUACAUAAAUUAAUUUUGUCCAAACAUGGAUGUAGCAACUGCAGAUUGCCCCUUUAAGUCACAGGUUAUAAGACGUUUCACCAAUUGUUAGGUUAGUGUAACGCAACUCAUAUGAAUCUGAAAGAUUCCAGUUCCUGCUGUCUCUAGCUGUGGUGUUGGUGAUCUGUUACAUAGGAUGUAGUGCACUGUACUGGCACAUCUAUACAGGCCAUGAGAGACCUCAACGAUGUACCGUGUAAAGUAGAAUAUAUACUUUAUUUUCCAGACUUUUUCUUUAUUUCUGUCUGAUAUUAUGCCUCCAAGACCUAGUCUCGGAAAUUCCAGACCUAGAAACAUGGUUAAUGUGGGAGGCAACCCGUCUGCCUAAAGCGACUAUCAAAGACCCAAACAUGUUGCCCACUGUACAACUGAACUAUCAAGCUGAAACCUUGUCUAGCGUAUUCUACUGGGUGUCAGCCCUGUCAAGGCAGAUGGCAAAUCAACCUUUACCUAAAACAAUUACAGUAGACUAGCCUACAAAGUUUUUUAGGGUUUGGGGUGAAUAUCUUUUGAAAUAAUGCAUGCAUUUUUUUUCCUAUAAAUUUGUCUUAGAAAUUGGAAAGCUAUAGUAAUUCCUACUUUUCGAGCAAUACAUUGUAUUUAGAGUUUCUUAAUGGUUGAAUUGCUAAACGUACAGCAAUAGUAGCCUCUAUGAGCGGAUAUGAUGACUUGUCAUACAUUGUUUGGCUAUUUGAAAUAACUAGACACGAUCCUUUAGUCAAUUUGUUCAUUCUCAGUGGUACUAAUAGUUGGUAGUAUGUCAAAAUAGAGUGUGGUAUGUCAAUGGGUAUAAAUCCAUUCAAAAAGGCGGGUUUUCUGAUGUUGACACCUUUACUGGGUGUGUACCCUUAAGGGAGUGAGUGUACUCAUUCAGUUCGUUAAAGCGACAGGUAGCCCGCAUUAUUCUCUGUCGCAAGAAGGGUUCCAGAUAUCUGGAAUGGAUUUGUUUAAUUUGAGGUCGCUUGUCAUUUUGCUGUCAGCUGUUGGUAAGAUUAAUGAAUAUAUUCAUUAUUGUUAGGUCUACAUUUAAUAGUGAAUACAAAAUAGUUUGAGAUGUGUUGGCUGGGUUUGUUUUUGUAGCUGCAUCUGGAGGUGCAUUGACGUUGUACUAGUAGAAUGCCUUUUUCAGGCCAAUAAUAGGCUACCAUAACAAACAUUAUUUAUAGCUGUUCGCUAGUCCAUUGCAUAUAGCUUGCUUCUGUCUUGAUGUCUAUCACACACUUGUAUAUUGAAGUGAACACCUGCAUUCAAACCGGUUUCUCUCAGGUUGCUGCAAGGGGCAGAGCGCACUGCCACCGGGCCCCUUGGAGGGAGUACAGGGAAAGAACAUCACGUUCGAAACCAUUAUCAUCCCCACAGAUGUGGGCGACUUUAUCACAGUAUCUUGGAAUUUCAACGGACUUGUACCUGUUGUCACUUAUGCGCCCAAAGGAGAAACAUUUGGCGUUGGUUACGCAGGAAGAGUCUCACUGAAUUCAUCCACUGGCGUAUUGAAGCUGGGACCAUUGACUGCAAAAGAUAGCGGGGACUAUGCAGUGACUUUGGUCACUAGUGCUGCAGUACAGCGCACAGGUACAACGUCGCUCAGAGUUCUAGGUGAGUACAGAAAGUCGUUGAUUGCACGUAUGCGUAAAACGUUAAUUGAAUGCGUAAAUGACCCGAAGUACCCUACACAUUUUGGCAUAUGUUUGCCAAAAUCAACUUUAUUGUUAUUUACAACCAACUGUUUUCGUCUAUUCUAUUAAUUCCCAAGUAGGCCCUACCUGGAUGAUAGGUAUGCCCCUCUGCACAAAUACCUUUUGAUGUAUAAUUGCCUAACAAAGAUUAUAGGCUCAGGGUCUUAUAUCCAUCUUUAGGGCGUGGCCCUAUAGCUUGGAAAAGGAACCUUCUAACCUACUACCACGCUCCAGCUAGCAAUAUGGGAUAGAGUGAUGUCACCAGCAUGCUACAUUUAAGCAAUAAGGCCAGAGGGGGUGUGCUAUAUGGCCAAUAUACCACGGCUAAGGACUGUUCUUAUGCACGACUCAAUGCAGAAUGCCUGGACACAGCCCUUAGCCGUGGGAUAUUGGCCAUAUACAACAAACCCCCGAGGUGCCUUAUUACUAUUAUUAACUGGUUACCAAUGUGAUUAGAGUAGUAAAAAUAAAUGUUUUGUCAUACCCAUUGUAUAGGGUCUGACAUACCAUGGCUGUCAGCCAAUCAGCACUCAGGGCUCGAACCGCCCAGUUUAUAAUUUACAUUUUAGUCAUUUAGCAAACGCUCUUAUCCAGAGCGACUUACAGGAGCAAUUCGAGUUAAGUGCUUUGCUCAAGGGCACAUCAACAGAUUUUUCACCCUAGUGAGCUCGGGGAUUCGAAUCAGCAACCUUUCAGUUAUUGGCCCAACACUCUUAACCGCUAGGCUAACUGCUACAGAGCUAGGCCUAUCUUUAGCAGUGCGUGGGUGCGUGGGUGCGUGGGUGCGUGGGUGCGUGGUGUCACAAGGCAUUUCCUGGAUUGAUGCUUAUCCAUGCCAGGAUCACAAAUGAGUUUUGCCAUAUCUCAGCUAGACACAUAUACUAUGUGACGCAAUUUCUCUUUGUGGGCUAUGUCAAAUUAAAUGGGCAAUCAGUACAUUUUUUGGACUCAUAUAUUAAUGAUAUGUACCAUUGAUUCUUGAAGAAUACAACUUAGUUUAACUGUUGUUCCCCAUCAGAAUCGAAAAUAUAAGCUUGUUGUACUACAAUGUUUGUAAACAAAGUAAAUGUCAAACACUAUAUACGCACAAAACAUUGUUAAAAUUAUAGCCCUUGCAUCCAUAGCUCUGUCUAUGAAUUUGAGAGUGGUUACAUUUCUCCAGCCCCAUCCCUCAGCUUUUUACCAAAACGGGGCUGGGGGAAUGCUUUGUUAUUGAUUGCCGCUUUAAGUAAUUUGCUUUCUUUUUACAUUGCUUAAAAAUACAGAGCUUCGUAAUGGUAUACAGUGAGGGAAAAAAGUAUUUGAUCCCCUGCUGAUUUUGUACGUUUGCCCACUGACAAAGACAUGAUCAGUCUAUAAUGUUAAUGGUAGGUUUAUUUGAACAGUGAGAGACCGAAUAACAACAAAAAAAUCCAGAAAAACGGAUGUCAAAAAUGUUAUAAAUUGAUUUGCAUUUUAAUGAGGGAAAUAAGUAUUUGACCCCUCUGCAAAACAUGACUUAGUACUUGGUGGCAAAACCCUUGUUGGCAAUCACAGAGGUCAGAUGUUUCUUGUAGUUGGCCACCAGGUUUGCACACAUCUCAGGCGGGAUUUUGUCCCACUCCUCUUUGCAGAUCUUCUCCAAGUCAUUAAGGUUUCGAGGCUGACGUUUGGCAACUCGAACCUUCAGCUCCCUCCACAGAUUUUCUAUGGGAUUAAGGUCUGGAGACUGGCUAGGCCACUCCAGGACCUUAAUGUGCUUCUUCUUGAGCCACUCCUUUGUUGCCUUGGCCAUGUGUUUUGGGUCAUUGUCAUGCUGGAAUACCCAUCCACGACCCAUUUUCAAUGCCCUGGCUGAGGGAAGGAGGUUCUCACCCAAGAUUUGACGGUACACGGCCCCGUCCAUCGUCCCUUUGAUGCGGGGAAGUUGUCCUGUCCCCUUAGCAGAAAAACACCCCCAAAGCAUAAUGUUUACACCUCCAUGUUUGACGGUGGGGAUGGUGUUCUUGGGGUCAUAGGCAGCAUUCCUCCUCCUCCAAACACGGCGAGUUGAGUUGAUGCCAAAGAGCUCCAUUUUGGUCUCAUCUGACCACAACACUUUCACCCAGUUCUCCUCUGAAUCAUUCAGAUGUUCAUUGGCAAACUUCAGACGGGCCUGUAUAUGUGCUUUCUUGAGCAGGGGGACCUUGCGGGCGCUGCAGGAUUUCAGUCCUUCACGGCGUAGUGUGUUACUAAUUGUUUUCUUGGUGACUAUGGUCCCAGCUGCCUUGAGAUCAUUGACAAGAUCCUCCCGUGUAGUUCUGGGCUGAUUCCUCACCGUUCUCAUGAUCAUUGCAACUCCACGAGGUGAGAUCUUGCAUGGAGCCCCAGGCCGAGGGAGAUUGACAGUUAUUUUGUGUUUCUUCCAUUUGCGAAUAAUCACACCAACUGUUGUCACCUUCUCACCAAGCUGCUUGGCGAUGGUCUUGUAGCCCAUUCCAGCCUUGUGUAGGUCUACAAUCUUGUCCCUGACAUCCUUGGAGAGCUCUUUGGUCUUGGCCAUGGUGGAGAGUUUGGAAUCUAAUUGAUUGAUUGCUUCUGUGGACAGGUGUCUUUUAUACAGGUAACAAGCUGAGAUUAGGAGCACUCCCUUUAAGAGUGUGCUCCUAAUCUCAGCUCGUUAACUGUAUAAAAGACACCUGUCCACAGAAGCAAUCAAUCAAUCAGAUUCCAAACUCUCCACCAUGGCCAAGACCACAGAGCUCUCCAAGGAUGUCAGGGACAAGAUUGUAGAAAGAAAAUCUUUCUACAAUCUCUCAACCAGAAAUCUUUCUUAUUGAGAGGGGGUCAAAUACUUAUUUCCCUCUAAACUCAUUAAAAUGCACAUCAAUUUAUAACAUUUUUGACAUGCGUUUUUCUGGAUUUUUUUGUUGUUAUUCUGUCUCUCACUGUUCAAAUAAACCUACCAUUAAAAUUAUAGACUGAUCAUUUCUUUGUCAGUGGGCAAACGUACAAAAUCAGCAGGGGAUCAAAUACUUUUUUCCCUCACUGUACCAUAAACUACAGUUGGAGAAAUCUAUGGGAAAGCUAUGCUGCUUUAAAAGUUGAUAAUCUUGUAUACCCAGUUUUGAGGUAAAGCCUUUCAAAGUUUUUCACAGUUGUUAGAGAGCUGUUCUUUGUUUACGCCCAUUCAGCAUUGUUCACACCCUCUUAAGCCUUAGCCCCACCAAUCUCUUUAAAGCUGCACUAUUUCCUGGUUGCUCAAAUUCUAAUAGUUUGCCUAAUUUCAGUUUAUGUGACAAAACAAGCAUGUAUAACGUAGAGAAUCAUUGUACUAUCUAAAUUGCUGCAAAAUAUGUUUUCCAUAACCAAAAAUAUUUCAUUUUCAGCUGUUUGAAGCUGGUGUACAAAACUGAAUAUAAAAGAUGCAAAAACUAAACUUAACGGGAAGAUAGAAAUAGCGCACAUAGAACAGAUCUACUGCUUCAUAGACUUGCUUUCAAUGAGGAUGACAAAUCUAUAACUCACAUUUCUAUGUGAAUUUGGUCAGGUCGCCCAAAAAGUUACAUAUUGCAGCAUUAAGGAUUCACAUAGGGACAGGUGUCCGUCUACAGACGGUUGGCUGACAACGUCACAAAAAUGAAGUUGUGAUUCUGAACGGUCAGAUAGCUAGCAACAAUGACAAGAAGCUGCCAUGUGGGGAAUCGUAGGUGGCUCAUUUCAGAUAGUUUUAUCUUGUUCUUGAUACCAUGUGUUGUUUAGAGUUUUUCUUUACUGAUUUCAUGUCAAUCCUAAUAUGGAAAAAAUGUGCUACCUAGCUAACCAACAACUGAAACAAUGUAUAUGAGAGACACCAAGUGUUCAUUGUGCAAAUGUAAUUAUGUUUUCAAUAAACAUUUGUAAACUAAAUAUAGUUUACAUGUUGUCAACAAUCUAAGCCAGCCCCAUCUGUUUUGCUCCAUAGUUGGACACGCGUUGGUUUUGUUGCAGCCUGUGACAUGGCAGACCAAUCAGAACUCAUCCGUUUGCAUGUCCAGCUCCUCCAUUAUUUCAACCAAUCAUGGCUAGUAGGAAGGUUCCUAUCUUUUUCUGUGCUUGUGAUUUAACAUUUUUAUUAGUAGUUACACUUCGCACACUGGUUUGUUAUUAUGGCACAUGAAACUUCACAUGUUUCAAUAAGGCAUAACAAUGUAAAAAUAAGCAUUUUGAUGCAAAAAUGUUUGUUUUUUACUUUGAAAUGCCUCUCCUGUAAAGUAGUAACGUCCGUCAUCCGCCCCCGUUCACGUGCUGCGCCACAUAUUCAAAGCUUGAAGGAUGAGUCAGAACUAGGUAACUAGGGAAAAAUGUCUUUCAGGUUAUGGCAAAGUGUAAAACCACUAAAAGGUCAUAUACCAUUUUAUCAGGUCAGAUUAGAAUGACCCCUGUGUAUUUUUGGUCUGUUAAACUGCAGUUUAGUCUAUAACAUCACAGCCAUUGAAUGAGCACUUGUCCGGUUCACAACAUAUUCAGAAAGUCUUUGCUGACAACCUGUUGUUUACUAUUCAGGAGUUUAAUGCUUUCACCUCAUCCACCCAUUCACCCUCCUCUACCUCCGCCCUCCCCUCUUCAGAACCGGUCUCCGUCGUGACCAUCACGUCCAACCUGAACGAAGCGGUCGAGUUCAACAGCACUGUGGUCUUGACCUGUUCGGCCAAAGGCUCCUUCCUCAUGUACAAGUGGCUCAACGGCACCGCCCCGCUGGUCGCCGACGGGAAGCAUGUGACCUUGAGUGCAAACUCCACAGUGCUGACCGUGGCUGGAGUGUUCAGGAAGGAUCUGGUCGGACCCAUCUACUGCACGGCCUUCAACAAACUAGAGAGCGACAACAGUGCCCCCUUCAACCUCACUGUCACCUGUAAGUACAUAUGUUCUUAUAGCCUGGUCUGACAUCUGUUUGUGAUGUCUCGCCUACUCCUAUGGUCAUUGUUAGAAAGACAGUACAAACAGAUCUGGGACCAGGCUAAUAUUCUUAUCCAUUGAUUCCACUCACGUCUCUGCCAGGCUAUCUGAAAGGUUCAGGUAGAGUUUAGUUUAGAGUCUUAGGAGGCUUUGUGUGACAUGGGACACUCCCUGUAGGGGUUUCUACACCCAAACUCCUCUUCUGUUUAUGCCAUGCCUGUGGUCUGAUGGUUAUGCUGAAAUCACACCAACAUUCCUAGCUUCAGUUUGAUCAACACUUAGAUAUGAUAUUGAGCAGUAGAUCAAUUAUUUUGUGUGCUGGCUUUAGAAUAAGUCAUGCCAGCCAUUUUCUAUAUUGUAACAGUGAGCGGCUGCAGCCAUCCAGCUCAGGCUGGUACAAUGCAGGCAACAGGAAAAUGCAGUUCAGAUAAGAUCCACAUUUCGUCAUAGCCCCUCUGAAUAGAACACCUGGGAAGGGAUAGACCUCUCGAGGCUUGUUUUCGUUAAGAUUUCAAUGAACUGCUACAUUUUGGUUUGCAGCCUUAGGCCUACAUUAAAAACAGCUGAACCUAACUCUUUUCCAAAAUAUUUGCAGAUGGGCCAGAAAACAUCGCCAUGACAGUCACCCCCACCGCUGAGGUCCAAAAGCAGGGUUCCAACAUUACAUUGACCUGCUCAGCCCAGUCUAGCCCUGCGGCUGUGCUUCAGUGGAUCCACAAUGGAGUCCCGCUCAAUGUGAUUGGCCCCAAGCUGGUACUGGCCAACGUUGUCGAGGCACAGAGUGGAAACUACUCCUGCAUGGCCAGCAACGCCAAAACCUUGCGAUACCUGGAAUCCACCACAUCCAAGUUCACUGUAGUAGGUGAGUAGGAGAGGAACCACAAGAGCCAAUGAGAAAUCAAGGUUUUAUACAUGGAUAGGAAGGGUGCUUUAGUGAAUACAAAAGGGAGUCAUGUACAGUAUACUGGUAGAGAGACCUAGAGGCAAAUAGUGCUCUAAUGGAAUGCAAAAUAGUGAAACUGGUUGUUGCAUUCAAUUAAGCUACAGGAUUCUACAGAGGUUCUUGAAGUAACAUGUUUUUUAGAUGUUACACUCAUUACAUUUUUUGGGACGUAUAGACUGACGUGUUCUUGUUGAACUGUUGUACUAAUUGCAAGUUAUUACCCUUUCUACAUGUAAUGGUGAAUAUUGCCUGGAAAAGGUUUGUUACAGCCAAUUAAACACUUUUAUAAUAUAAUAUAAUAAUAAUAAUAAUAUGCCAUUUAGCAGACGCUUUUAUCCAAAGCGACUUACAGUCAUGCGUGCAUACAUUUUUUUUUGUGUGUAUGGGUGGUCCCGGGGAUCGAACCCACUAUCUUGGCGUUACAAGCGCCGUGCUCUACCAGCUGAGCUACAGAACAGUUUUAACACAGUUUCUUUAUCUGUAAGAUAAAGAAUUUGCCGUUAGACCUACAGCCCUGUCUCAAAGAGAUUGCAUCAUCCUUAUUAAGGUGAUACCAUGAACAGACAGAUUGAAACCUGUUUCCUGGCUUGGCGCCCCGAAGGCAUAACACCGAACACUGAAUGGAUUUCAUAUGAUUUUGAAGCAUGCAGUACAAGUUUCAAGCCCAGUGACCUCGUAUCAUGGCAACUUUGUAUGUUCACUCAUAGGUUUUUAAAGCUUGUGAAAUAUGUGCUGCAUGCCAUACAGUACAAAGAGUGCAUGGCCCUUGUGUGUACUGAAACUGUUUACAACGGGAGACAGACAGUCUACCAUUUUGUGAGUGACUAAAACCUGCUUAGUUGGGGGAUGGUCUUUCAAAAUGCCAGGAGUCCUUGAGUCGGGUGUUGUUUUAUAGAAGAGAGCUGGGGGAUGGGGUGGUGAUUGUUGCCCAUUUAGCAGUCCUUUCAGUUAUUCUAUGAAUGUUCCCCUGUACUUGGUAAACAGUAUUGAAUUUAAGUCCAAUUAUUCCAUCAUGAAUCAUAGAGUUACACAUUUUACUUUUAAUGACUGACUAAAGCUGAGGAAAUAGGAAUAUGCCCCCGAAAAUGUUUGCCAUCAAGCCUGACACGACAAUAAUUGGCCAAAGUAUUGGUUAGGCAGUUGUGAGUCGCCAUUGAGGGCCAUUCACUUUGUGUUUAAAAUAUAUUAUCUUGGCAUUCGUUUUCCAACACUCAUUAGUCUGGAAAGGAGAUAUCAAGAUUAACAAGACAGUGGUUUCACAUGUUGUCCAAAACAAAAAGGCAAGCUUGGCCUUAGUCCCGCUUAAAAGUGGUCUAGCAUGACAGUGAGCAUGUUAAUUGCAUUUUCUAUUAAUGUAGGUAAUUUGGUUUUGCUUGGUUGACAAGUUUUUGGUACAUCGGCGCAUUCAAAGACUCAUUGUAAAAUAAUAACUUUUUAUUUGAUGUCACAUUUUACGGAAACAUGGCCUGAUAUAAGCUGGACAGUGAUGUAGUACAGUGGGGGAAAAAAGUAUUUAGUCAGCCACCAAUUGUGCAAGUUCUCCCACUUAAAAAGAUGAGAGAGGCCUGUAAUUUUCAUCAUAGGUACACGUCAACUAUGACAGACAAAAUGAGAUUUUUUUUUUUUUUGAUCAUUGUCAUGCUGAAAGACCCAGCCACGUUUCAUCUUCAAUGCCCUUGCUGAUGGAAGGAGGUUUUCACUCAAAAUCUCACGAUACAUGGCCCCAUUCAUUCUUUCCUUUACACGGAUCAGUCGUCCUGGUCCCUUUGCAGAAAAACAGCCCCAAAGCAUGAUGUUUCCACCCCCAUGCUUCACAGUAGGUAUGGUGUUCUUUGGAUGCAACUCAGCAUUCUUUGUCCUCCAAACACGACGAGUUGAGUUUUUACCCAAAAGUUCUAUUUUGGUUUCAUCUGACCAUAUGACAUUCUCCCAAUCCUCUUCUGGAUCAUCCAAAUGCACUCUAGUAAACUUCAGACGGGCCUGGACAUGUACUGGCUUAAGCAGGGGGACACGUCUGGCACUGCAGGAUUUGAGUCCCUGGCGGCGUAGUGUGUUACUGAUGGUAGGCUUUGUUACUUUGGUCCCAGCUCUCUGCAGGUCAUUCACUAGGUCCCCCCAUGUGGUUCUGGGAUUUUUGCUCACCGUUCUUGUGAUCAUUUUGACCCCACAGGGUGAGAUCUUGCGUGGAGCCCCAGAUCGAGGGAGAUUAUCAGUGGUCUUGUAUGUCUUCCAUUUCCUAAUAAUUGCUCCCACAGUUGAUUUCUUCAAACCAAGCUGCUUACCUAUUGCAGAUUCAGUCUUCCCAGCCUGGUGCAGGUCUACAAUUUUGUUUCUGGUGUCCUUUGACAGCUCUUUGGUCUUGGCCAUAGUGGAGUUUGGAGUGUGACUGUUUGAGGUUGUGGACAGGUGUCUUUUAUACUGAUAACAAGUUCAAACAGGUGCCAUUAAUACAGGUAACGAGUGGAGGACAGAGGAGCCUCUUAAAGAAGAAGUUACAGGUCUGUGAGAGCCAGAAAUCUUGCUUGUUUGUAGGUGACCAAAUACUUAUUUUCCACCAUAAUUUGCAAAUAAAUUCAUUAAAAAUCCUACAAUGUGAUUUUCUGGAUUUUUUCUCCUCAAUUUGUCUGUCAUAGUUGACGUGUACCUAUGAUGAAAAUUACAGGCCUCUCUCAUCUUUUUAUGUGGGAGAACUUGCACAAUUGGUGGCUGACUAAAUACUUUUUUUCCCCACUGUAGCUAUCCACUGGGCACAGACGUCAAUUCAACGUCUAUUCCACGUUGGUUCAACGUAAUUUCAUUGAAAUUACGUGGAAACAACGUUGAUUCAACCAGUGUGUGACCAGUGGUUAGAUGUAAUGUCAUUAAGGUAUAAUGAAAGUACAAUGUCUUCUAAUUUAGUAGGCAUCGUCCAAUCCAUCCAACUGAAAUCGAAUGAAUAGUUAAUUAAGCUUCAUAUGGUGUUUAUGUUCUAAAUAUUUUGUGGUUAUAGUACUCUGAAAUCUGGUAGUUGUAAGUGAAACAAGCUGCCUUUCAGAGUGUUAUCAUCUGGAUCUGUGUAAACCCUAACUCCAUUUGUCCUCUGUGUUUGUAGAGGCCAUAUCCGGCACUAAGAUCACAGGCCCCAAUGGAACGCUUGUCGCAGGUAACAGCACGGCCAACCUGAGCUGCCAGGCAACCGCCGGCACUGCCGACACCCGAGUGUGGCUGAAGAAUGGUGUGGCACUGUCUCCUAGCAACAGGGUCAUGGUCUCGGCAGACAAGAGCUCGGUCACGAUAAAGCCAGUGCAGAAGGAAGACAGUGGGGAGUACCAAUGCAAGCUGACGAAUGCUGUGAACACAGACUCUGCCAGCCUCAAGAUAGUGGUCAACUGUGAGUAUAGGCCUCCUGACCUCUUCACUGACCAUUAGCACCAAUCGCAACCCUGACCCAUCAAGGUUGAACAAGUUAACGUUAUAUUCUACUGUUUACUUUGUUCAUAAUGUUACAGUAUCCAAAAAGAAAAGCUUUGUAUUUUACCCAAAUCCAUGAUAAACUGCCUGUAUGCUACUGUGUAGUAUUAUUUAGGUCAGAAUGGCCAAAUCCAGGUGAAUUACAGGUAUAAAGCUUAAAGAAAGGAAAAGCUAAAAUUCUCCUUUCCAUGUCACAGUUGGUCCUGAGACUGUGUCCGUGAAGGGGGAAAGUGUCGUAAAGGUGAAAGAACCUGUCACGCUGAAGUGUGCCGCAGUCUCUCUCCCUGCUGCCACCUACAUCUGGAAAUUCAAUGGGACGCUGACCGGUGUGACGACAGCCGAGUACAUAAUUGAAGCCGCUGUGUACAAGGACAAUGGAAUUUACACCUGUGAAGCCAGCAACACCGUCACCGGGCUGAGCACUGCCGUUGCCCACAAGCUGUUCGUCAAAGGUUUGCUUGUGGAGGCUAUACGAGUAUUCUACCAUUUGGCACCAUGGUUCAUAGGAUGUCUUCUCACCCUAACUGUUGUAGGGAUCUUCUACUUAUAAAAACUGUCCACGUCAAUCUCAUAUGAAGCUGUUGCAGUACUUUGAGAUGUUCUGAUGAUAAAUUAUUGAUUGUUCUUGUGCUUCCGCAGAGGAGGGAACACCGGAUGAUGGUCUGACAGGUGGGCAGAUCGCUGGGAUCGUCAUCGGCGUGCUUAUCGCCCUAGUGCUCAUCAUCGUAGUAGUCAGAUACAUGAGAAAGAAAAAAACACCGUGAGUUUUCUUGGUUUUACUUUUGAUCCACUUAUGCAAUUCUAUGGAAGCCGGUAUGGUUCCCUUUGCAGACACAGCGGGUGUGUGUAAUGAUACACGAUAUGUCAUCGUCUCUAAAUGCCCUUCCUGUGAAUCUCCAGUCCUCGCUUCAUUUCUCUCAUUCUUUGGCAUCCUAGAACUUGUACGCCCGGUUGUUACCAAGUACAGUGUCUUUACUCAAUUCAUAGCAUCCAAACUCUCUGCACUUCCAAAGCCCUGUUUCAGCAAACUCUUUGUAGCUUUUCAUGUGCAUCAACACAGAUAAAUGUACUGAUUGUAUUGGACAUAGAGCAAAGAACACAUUUUAGUUAAAGCAGACACUGGCUGACAUGCCUCGUACAUUCCAGCAUUUGGCAAUCGAAAUCAAUAAAAAACACCCCUUUUGAGUCAUGGAAGUUCUGAACAAACCAGAAAGGGAGAAAUAUACCACAGGUUUCCUUGCUCAUGAUUUUGCAUCAAAACCCUUUUUCUCAUUGGAACUCCAGCUUGUUGUAGUACACGGUCAUGUUUUCAUUCCCCCCUAAUAAGAGUGUUGUCAGGCAGAGCAGUAGUGCUGAGCGAUUCGUGCUUUUUGUUCGGUUUCGGUUCAAUUAUUAAAAAAGAAUCACUGUUUUCGAUUAUGUUUUUAAACAUUAAAUGCACUAUGCAUUAUGUGAGUUGAAUGCUGUAACAACACAGAAUAAAACAAUUAAUAAAAGUCCCAUGAUGGUAGUGACUGCCCAUUACUGCUUAUCACUUAUUAACCAUCACAUUACUUUACUUUAAUAAAAUAUUUCAGUUGUUGUGUAUAUUACAUUUGUUUUUUUGAUGACUUUAUUAUUUCAUUCCAAGUCAUCAUCUCAUCUCUAUAGAGCUACUGCCUAUGCUGUCUGACAAAAUCCCUAUUUUAGUAGAUCUUCAAAGUAAAUAAGGCAUACUUUUAUGACUGCUGAAUACAAACUAUCAAUCACUUAGAUCAUGUAUUUUCAGGUACAGAUACCUCGCAAUGGAUUAUGGCCAUUGUAGUUAAUUACCACGUUUGCUGCCCUAAACUAUGUAGAAUUUUGUCCUGUUGGAAACUACAAUUCCUUACUACAUCGCACAGUUCGGCUUGAUCUGAUUGAUCUCUUGAGAAACUACACAAUGUGCGCAUUGAGCUCACAGAAAAAAAUAGAAGGAGAUGGAAUUUAAAUAAUUGAACCGAUAUUGGUCAAUUAGUUGUUUAAAAACCGAAAAAUAACCAACAUUUCAGUUAAUCGCUCAGCACUACAGAGCAGACAAAAAAGUAACCUGACGUGACAGAGGUCACUGGAGGUCAAGCUUACCUGGAGAGCAUGGUCUACCACCACCGCUCCAAGGCUCAGAGUUUGUCUCCCUGCUCCUCAUUGUCAUCAUCUGCCAACCUUGAAAUGGAUGUUUGAGGAUAUUGUUCCUUGACGGCGUUCGCACUCCUGGAUGUCUUAGACAGGAAAAUGUUUGUCUCCAUUGACAAAAAAUGUCAGGUUUGGAUCAAUGGCAGGCAAUUUUUGUAAGGUUGUCAGUGGAAAAACAGGAACUACAGUGGGGGAAAAAAGUAUUUAGUCAGCCACCAAUUGUGCAAGUUCUCCCACUUAAAAAGAUGAGAGAGGCCUGUAAUUUUCAUCAUAGGUACACGUCAACUAUGACAGACAAAAUGAGGAAAAAAAAUCCAGAAAAUCACAUUGUAGAAUUUUUUAUGAAUUUAUUUGCAAAUUAUGGUGGAAAAUAAGUAUUUGGUCAAUAACAAAAGUUACUCAAUACUUUGUUAUAUACCCUUUGUUGGCAAUGACACAGGUCAAACGUUUUCUGUAAGUCUUCACAAGGUUUUCACACACUGUUGCUGGUAUUUUGGCCCAUUCCUCCAUGCAGAUCUCCUCUAGAGCAGUAAUGUUUUGGGGCUGUCGCUGGGCAACACAGACUUUUAUCUCCCUCCAAAGAUUUUCUAUGGGGUUGAGAUCUGGAGACUGGCUAGGCCACUCCAGGACCUUGAAAUGCUUCUUACGAAGCCACUCCUUUGUUGCCCGGGCGGUGUGUUUGGGAUCAUUGUCAUGCUGAAAGACCCAGCCACGUUUCAUCUUCAAUGCCCUUGCUGAUGGAAGGAGGUUUUCACUCAAAAUCUCACGAUACAUGGCCCCAUUCAUUCUUUCCUUUACACGGAUCAGUCGUCCUGGUCCCUUUGCAGAAAAACAGCCCCAAAGCAUGAUGUUUCCACCCCCAUACUUCACAGUAGGUAUGGUGUUAUUUGGAUGCAACUCAGCAUUCUUUGUCCUCCAAGCACUCUAGCAAUCUUCAGACGGGCCUGGACAUGUACUGGCUUAAGCAGGGGGACACGUCUGGCACUGCAGGAUUUGAGUCCCUGGCGGCGUAGUGUGUUACUGAUGGUAGGCUUUGUUACUUUGGUCCCAGCUCUCUGCAGGUCAUUCACUAGGUCCCCCCGUGUGGUUCUGGUAUUUUUGCUCACCGUUCUUGUGAUCAUUUUGACCCCACGGGGUGAGAUCUUGCGUGGAGCCCCAGAUCGAGGGAGAUUAUCAGUGGUCUUGUAUGUUUUCAAUUUCCUAAUAAUUGCUCCCACAGUUGAUUUCUUCAAACCAAGCUGCUUACCUAUUGCAGAUUCAGUCUUCCCAGCCUGGUGCAGGUCUACAAUUUUGUUUCUGGUGUCCUUUGACAGCUCUUUGGUCUUGGCCAUAGUGGAGUUUGGAGUGUGACUGUUUGAAGUUGUGAACAGGUGUCUUUUAUACUGAUAACAAGUUCAAACAGGUGCCAUUAAUACAGGUAACGAGUGGAGGACAGAGGAGCCUCUUUAAGAAGAAGUUACAGGUCUGUGAGAGCCAGAAAUCUUGCUUGUUUGUAGGUGACCAAAUACUUAUUUUCCACCAUAAUUUGCAAAUAAAUUCAUUAAAAAUCCUACAAUGUGAUUUUCUGGAGAAAAAAAAUCUCAAUUUGUCUGUCAUAGUUGACAUGUACCUAUGAUGAAAAUUACAGGCCUCUCUCAUCUUUUAAGUGGGAGAACUUGCUCAAUUGGUGGCUGACUAAAUACUUUUUUCCCCCACUGUAUAUAAGUGAAGUUGAACUAUUAUAUUGCUCACUUAAUUUUUCACAUUUACCUUGCAGAUUUCCAGAGCGUGCCUGCAGAUACAUUCCUUGAAAUAGUUGUUGUUUCAUUAGUAGCAUUAAGUACAUCAGCUUGUGUUUGUGGCAGUAGAAAAGAAAGAAUAGAGGUGUAUGUAAAGGUUAAAAACAAGGAAAGGGAAAUAAAGCUACAUGGAUUUCUGAUGCAAAUGUGAGCCCAACCGCCUUCAUCCAGACAGGAAGAUAAGCCUCCAGAUAACCAACCAGCAUAGCAAGCAUUUCUAACCUCUUGCUCUGUUUCACCAAAAGUGCAGACUUCCUACCGGAGAACUAACAAGCUGACACAAAGCAAAAGAUAAAAAAGCAAGAGAUAAAAAAGUUUGCCAUGUUGACAGCCAGUGAACAAGGGGAAUGCAGUAUGUUGUUGAAAGCAGAUACCUGGUUGGUUAGGUUUAGACCACCUUGUGUGCACAACUGGGUUCACACACAGCUGCACACUUGUUUAAUUGGGAGAGGAACUGGCGGGUGCAAAGACCCAAACACAUACUGUUUCCUUAUUAGUGUGAUUUGUGACUGGCAAGUGGGUGCACAGUAGGCCCCUAUGUAAGAUGAGGAUUAGCGAUUACAGGUGCCAAUAGUGUAGGUUUCUGGUAAAGGUCACUGUCUUUAUAGUGAGCAGAGUUUUUUCUACCGGUAGAGGAUAUAGAUGUCUGUCUCAGGUUUUUCAAUUUGCUUAACUAUGUUCUGAUAUACGUUACUGGACACUUUUUCAAAGUAUCCAAGACUGAUUUAAGCAACUAAGAUAUGAUUCUGUUGAUAUUGGCUAGAGCAAUACCAUGACAACAUGUAUACAGUAGAUACGUGUUAUAGGUCACAGAUAAACCACUUCCAAAGAUGUGUGUGUGUUUAUCCUGGCUCUCUCUAUUCAUUCUGCCCGGCCUUGUCAGCCUGGAUCAACGCUGUGGGUUUCAGUAUUUUGAAAACAGUCGGCCCACAUUCCAACACUCUCUAGCCUCACACUCAGGAGCGGAAGAUUCCAUCUCAACAGUGGGGUCCGCCUCUUUUCGCUCCUCUCUGAAUCCCCUUUAAGAUAACAAGCUGUCGGGGCCUGGUGCCCUCGAGCAGUGGAACGGACCCUUCCAGCUGAACUUAAGCCCCUCUCCUCAUUUCUGAUGGACUAGAGAGGUGGACAUAGAUGGAGUCAGUGGAACAAUGAUUAGAUAAGGGAAAGCUAUGCUCCUCUUCAUCGUCGUCAAUGGGAAAUUCCUCCUUCCCAGGGUAGUCACUGGGGAUAGGCUGAGUUGAGAGUAUGGUUGGAAUGUCACCGUCGUGUCUGCACAGGUCUCUCUCUCUCUCUCUUUCAGUCCAUCUCCCUCUUCUUCUCGCCUCAUCUGUCUUUUGCUGUCUGUCACUCUUUCUAACAUUCAUACUCUACAUUCCCCUCUUCCACUUGGUUCCCUCUUUAUGUCAUAGUGGCAGGUAAGCGAGGACAGUUUCUUCCAUACGGUUUCUCCUGAGGGCCAUUCCUCACGGACAUAUUCAUAUUUUGUGAAGACAUGCCGUAAUUCAGCCAUAGUACUUGUACACGGGCACACCUGCAGGAUCAAAGUGAACACUGCCAAGUACUCGUAGUUGAUAUUGUAGUUAUUGAGUCAUCCUCUUCCUGUGUUGUCUACUGUUCUUAUCAAUGGCUCAAAACAAGGUUAAAUGUUCAGAUGCUUUCUGAGAUGAGAUCCCAGCAUUAAAAAGGUUACAGUAUCUACCAACACUGCUCGUGUUCGUCAGGGCAUUAGGAUCUGUUCAUUAACCCUUCACACUCGUGGGAAUUGGCCUAUAUGGAUAGAGUGAAAUAGAAAUGUUUCUUACAGAAGGAAUAUGAAAAGCAUAACCAUGGUAGCAAUUAAAAUGAAAUAGUUUGGAGAGUAUGGGAAAAUUAUUCAACUAAAGGUGAGGACAAGACAGUUAAUCUGACACAAGAUUGAAUCCAAACAUUACACUGUUGAUUUUAUGUGCGUUUUACAUUAACUGUACUUUUCGCCACAUUUGUUGUUAACGAAAUCCAAAAAUACUCUGAAUACAUUCAGUAACAUGAUAAGAAUAUUAGUGGGAAAAAUUUGGUGUAGGUGCAACAUAAGACAAAAAAUGAAAAUUGUUUGAGUGAAAGGUCUAACUGGUGUCUCCAAGUGGCCACACACCUCUCCAAAGUGUGCACAGUUCCUAAGUAAUUUCAAUGCACUUUUAUGACUCAAAGAAGAGUCUUCAACGAUACUGCCCUACCAAUCAAAAGAGCAGUAACUGCUCAUAGAGUGAAACUGAGAAGAAUGACUUCAAAGUUGUUUUAUUGUCCAGCCAAAUUAAUUGUUGGCAGAUCAUUGGAGAUGUGGUUAUCUGUUGUCUUACUAUGAGGUAAUUUAUUAUUAAUAUUGAACCCUGACAUGACCUUUGACCCUAGACUGCAAUUACUCCCUUCUUGCUUGGUACACCCACUGGAAUAUGUUUCCAUUACGAUUGUUAUUUUACACAAACUUGUGUUAAUAUAAUUAUUUGUAUUUAUUUUGUGGCUGUCAGUGUCAUAUAGUUUGAUACUUGUAUCAGCAAAGAACAAUACAUAAUAUCAAGGUCAACCAUUGACACUGCAGCCCAAAGCUCAGUGAAACAAGGUAAAAGGCAGUUACUGUAAACAUGACCCCCAUUUUCUCCAUAACACAGCGGAGGCAGGAUAUGAUAUUUGUCCACGAGAUAAAGCAUGUAUUUAAUGUAUAACAAAUGUCAAUAACUAAUUGUUGACCAAAUGUGCAGUUACUGCUCUUUUGCUUGGUAAGGCAGUAUAAGGUGCUAUUUUGAACACUCCUAGCUGUGCUGUUGAGGAACAAGAGUAAACAGACUUGUAGUUGUUUUGUUUGGAACACAGCCCUGCAUCCCCGCCAUCACACAAUUACUGUUGUUGUUUACACAUUCCAAAAACAGUCCAUUAUAAAUCACAAUCUGGUCAGGUGGUGUGACGAGUACUGAGUAUACGAAGAGGCAGGACGCAGACGCAGGAAUAAACAAGGUCAAGGUUUACUAAACAAUGAGAAAGAGAAUUAACAAAGAUAGAGUAAACGAUCACACACAACAUCAUCCAGAACAGUCCAGGGCGGUGAUGAUGAGGUGCAGGUGCGCUGGAGGUGAUUAGGGUGCGUUGGGUUUCCAUUCCGGUGUUGCCGAGAUGGCUCAGACCGGUGGCUCAGUAACCGGCGAAUCAGAGCGCCAGAGGGGAGCAACGGGAGGAGAUGUGAAAGGUGGGCAUCAUUUGAAAGCGUGUUCUAUUGCCAACAUGGCUAGCUAAGUUACAAAAUACAAUUUUACAGUGUUAGGCUUUCACAAGAAAAUUCAGAGAAGCAGUUCGUAAUUUUGGUAGGCAUAGAAUAGAGCCACGAGUGCAUUCAGAUGCGUGUUCCCCGCCAAAUUUCUUCAAAAUACGACAAACAUAGGCCCAUUCUGUUCAGAACAACCCAGGGUAUGACGCCAUGUCAUCUUGUAACUGUACAUUAAGCAUUGUGAUCAUGAACGUUGACGAUGUACACUGAGUAUAGAAAACAUUAAGAAAGGCCUCCCGAGCGGGCAGCGGUCUAAGGCACUGAAUCGCAGUGCCUGAGGCGUCACUACAGACCUGGAUUCGAUCCCAGGCUGUGUCACAACCAUCCGUGACCAGGAGUCCCAUAGGGCAGCGUACAAUUGGUCCAGUGUCAUCCGGGUUAGAGGAGGGUUUGGCCGGGGGGGCUUUACUUGGCUCAUCGUGCUCUAGCGACUCCUUGUGGCGGGCCGGGUGAAUGGGCAAGACAAAAUAUUUAAGUGCCUUUGAACGGGGUAUGGUAGUAGGUGCCAGGCACACCGGUUUGUGUCAAGAACUGCAACGCUGCUGGGUUUUUCACGCUCAACAGUUUCCCAUCUGUAUUAAGAGUGGUCCACCACCCAAAGGACAUCCAGCCAACUUGACAAAACUGUGGAAAGCAUUGAAGUCAACAUGGGUCAGCAUCCCUGUAGAACUAUUUGACACCUUGUAGAGUCCAUGCCCUGACGAAUUGAGGCUGUUCUGAGGGCUAAAGGGGGGUUGCAACUCAAUAUCAGGAAGGUGUUCCUAAUGUUUGGUACACUCAGUGUCUAUUACAUGAGUUUUAUGAUUUGGAAAUGUGAAGUAUGAAAAAAAAAAAAAAAGAAUGUAUGUACUCACUAACUGUAAGUCGCUCUGGAUAAGAGCGUCUGCUAAAUGACUAAAAUGUAAAUGUAAAAUGUAAGUGCACAUUUGGACUCACAGGUGUUUGGAUUGCUUGUAUGACAUCAAAGCGGUAUUUAUUAUAAUCCUCAACAUCUCAUCUUUCAAAAUACAUAGAGUCCUCUUUAUUUAGAACAUUUCCCUCACUCAGACAAUAAAACAUUUGAAAAAGUUGCCCAAUUAGCAGGAGGGAUGGGGGAAACAUUUUGUCGCUCGUGGUGCUCAAGUUCAGAACCUCUGUCAGUCCAAACCAAUACUGCGCAGUGAAGCGACCUUGAGCUCUGAUGUCAUGUACACAGUUUAUUAGGUACACCACCCAGUUCACAAAAAUGGUUUGCUUCUACAGACAGUGAGUCACGUGGCCGUGGCUUACUAUAUAAAGCAGGCAGACAGGCAUCGAGGCAUUCAUUUACUGUUCGAUAGAACGUUAGCAUGGGCAAAACGAGUGACCUAAGCGACUUUGAGCGUGGUAUGAUCGUCAGUGCCAGGCGGACCGGAUCCAGUAUCUCAGAAACGGCCGCCCUCCUGGGCUUUUCACGCACGAUAGUGUCUAGGGUUUACCGAGAAUGGUGCGACAAACAAAAACCAUCCAGUCAGCGGCAGUCCUGUGAGCGAAAACAGCUCAUUGAAUCAUGCAAGCUAACAGGAGGGCCACAAACAAAAAUAACGGUGCAGUACAACAGUAGUGUGUAGAACGGCAUCUUGGAAUGCACAACUCGUCGAUCCUUGUCACAGAUAGGCUAUUGCAGCAGACGACCACUACAGGUUCCACUCCUAUCAGCUAAAAACGGUUCCAGUGGGCACGUGAUCACCAACAUUGGACAAUUGAGGAGUGGAAAAACAUUGCCUGGUCCGAUAAAUCCCGGUUCCUGUUGCGUCAUGCUGAUGGCAGAGUCAGGAUUUGGCGUAAGCAGCAUGAGUCCAUGGCCCCAUCCUGCCUGGUGUCAACGGUACAGGCUGGUGGCGGUGGUGUGGGGAAUGUUUUCCUGGCCCACGUUAGGUCCCUUACAUUUAUUUUACAUUUUAGUCAUUUAGCAGACGCUCUUAUCCAGAGCGACUUACAGUUAGUGAGUGCAUACAUUUUCAUACUGGCCCCCGUGGGAAUCAAACCCACAACCCUGGCGUUGCAAGCGCCAUGCUCUACCAACUGAGCUACACAGGGCCCUUGAUACCAAUUGAGCAACGUUUCCAUGCCCCAAAGAAUUCAGGCUGUUCUGGAGGCAAAGGGGGUUCCGACCCGGUACUAGAUGGGUGUACCUAAUAAACUGUCCACUGUGUGUAUAGCAUGUUACUGUACAGCCACUGCGUUCCAAUUUAGGCGCUUAUCAGUGUCCAAAUCUGCCAUUUUCAACCCAUAUACAGAGUACAAGUGUAUAGAGAUACCUAUGGGCAUUCCAUCAAAGAAAUUAGGAGACACAAUUCCUUUGAAAUGAUAGCUGCCUGCUUUAUAUGUGUUGCUGUCAUGUGGGUAUAUGACCUAAAAUCAAGUCAUUCAGGAUGUCAAAGCAAAGUUAUCAUCCCCACAACAGUGAGGCGUCUUGUUUCCUCAAAUCCCUUCAAGGUGAGGUCAUCAUUCCACUAAUCGCCACCAUUUUCUUUACGUUCUGUUUCAGGAUCGAGUCACCAUACUAGAAGAGUGCCCCGAGGAAAGCUGGUAAGCCGCUAUUUGAUAAUUCCAUAUUAUCCUCAAGCUGUUUGCGUU